AUGCAAGCGGGCGUUAUGAUAUUCACAUGUCUUCAGCAGCUGAUUACAUAUCUCAUACUAUUUUGGCCUCAAAUGACAGGUAUAAUUAAGUAUUCUUGGUCGGUUCUCAUUGCUGAUAACCUUUCCAAAAUUAGAAGUAUUGGCUAAUAUAAUCUUUAUUGUAUGGUUUCGAAACUCACACUCUGAGCAUAUAUUCUUGAAUGCGUUUUAAGCUUUUAUUAUCAAGACUUCGCCUUAAUAAUCUGGCUCUGUUUAUAAUUUACAGAAAUUAUGAUAUAGAAAAAUAUCUUAUUGCCGCCUGUUUUGCAAUUUAGAGUUUGCUUUAGAAGAUACAUGUUACCACGCGCUUUAUAACUUUCGUCAUUAUCACAUCCACUUGGAGGAAUGGCUUGGUUUUUUAACAUUGAUUUUGUGACAACGCAUUUAGAAACCAAAAGAACUGAUACAGCUACGGGUUUGAACUGGAAUAAACACCUGUUCAUGUUAAAUUGUUCGUCGAGCUUCCAUCUUUAACUUUCAUCUUGAAAUUGAUUUUUGUUUUUUAAAAUUGAUUUUGUAGGUUGUUGUUCUUAGCUUUUAGUUUGUUUUGCAUCGACAAAAUUUUGUUCUUAAAUUUUAAUAAAUAGUUAUUAUAAUAAUAAUAGACUUUUACAACACAUUUUCAAAGUUUUGAGUCUGCUUUUGCAGUUUUAUGUUGAAAUUCGUGUUGAGCUUUUACGGUUGUUGCUCGGGGCGGAUUGGAGAAGAGAAGCUUAAAGACGAAAAUCUGUUUAUGAUCGUUUUCCUUUCCUAUUGUUGUUAUGUAUUGUUAUGUGGUCAAAACGAACACAAAACUGUUCAAAAUGUUGAAGCCAAAAUUUUAUUGGUAUUAGUAGUAUCUUGUAAUAAUCUGAGAAAAGCAACGGUAAUGAUGAGGAAUUGUAUGCUUACAAUUUUCAAGUGUCGCUCUCGGAUUUUCAAACAUGGGUCUUUCGCAUUUUACCAUCACCGCCCCUUUAAAUCAACGUCUUAGUGAUUUUCAAUAUUGAUGAUAUCGGUGGUGACUGAGACAGAUUAAGAUAUCAAAUGACGUUAAAUCGGUAGCUUAAGAACUGUGCCACUUUUCAUGCAUCAUUAUUGGAGUGUUGAAAAUUUCCGCCAAACGGAGGUAAAAUUUGAUGAAGAAAAGGCAAUCAUCAAGAAGGAAAAAUAGUCCUGAUGAAACGAGAAUGGUUGAGUAUGACAAGUAUUAAGACGGAUUACUCAUGAUAAAUUUGAAAAAUUUAGGCUAAAUACCCUGAGCUGUCAAUUAGUGACGUAAAUGAGCAUAUUUGUAAUGUGCGUAACUUUGCACUUACCUAAUGGCACGACAACACCACAGGUAAUGACAGAUACCUGUCAAUCAUGCUUUCUUUUGGCUUCCUAAGCACAACAGUCUCCUUUCUUUAGUGGAGAGCCCUGUUAUGAUCUUUAUCAGUGUACCAAUAUUGCACUAUUAGAAAACACUCGUUUUAUCUCUUUGGUUUUUCUUGCAUACGAGCGGAGUUCCAUAGAUAACAUCUUUCCAUUGCACCUGCCUAAUAUCACACGUGCCUAUGUGCAUGCACAACCAUGUUGGAGUGUUUCACACGAAAAAGGGUCGAACAGCCAAAAGAGCAGCACUCUUUCUAGAUUCGUUUCCGAUUUCUCAUUAAGUUUUUAAGGAGACUUGUCAGGGUAUCUGAAAUUAUUCCUAACGACAUAGAAAAUUGCCCUUUAGUCUAAUAAAGGUUUGAAGUACCAGUAGUCGUUUUCUCUGAAAUAUAGACACCAAAGAGGUAAAAACUGACAGAGCAAGGAAAAAUAAGGCAGAAAAGAUUAAUACAGAACACAAAUUUAAAUAAUGUAAUCAGUCAAUUUUUUUCGCCCUUCUUGUUGAACCGAAAGUUUCCUGUUUUGCCUGUGUUAGGUGGCAUCCGAAAUUGUUAAAGGGUGAUUUAUAGUAACGUCACUCUUCUGUCUUUUACAUCUAUAUACUGUAUGUUGAAGAUAAUGUUAAUUUUGUUAUCAAUAAUGUUUUCUCGAAGAGCCUUAAUGUAAGAAUCAUAAAGCAAUUAGCAAAUAAUUAGGAUAAAAGCCGAAGAAAUAAAAUUGAAAUGAAUUCAUCGGAACUCCAUCUAUAUUUGUUUGUUAAACUGCAUGAUCAUUUCGAAAUCAUAUCGAUUUGUUUACAAGGCAAACCUACCUUAAAAAUUUGCCGCUGUAUCAUUCCUUGUAACGGCGGUCGAGUGUUGAGGUUUGAAAACUGCUCGAGUAGGGGACACUGAAGCAUGGAUGAUUUCAAGAAAUCAUCUACCUCUCUCAUGAUAGUUCAAAAUUAUUUCCUAGUCAUGGCUAAUUCUUCAAUUGUCGUUUUAAUUUUUAACGUUUUUGUCUUUUUGCAGUGAUAAAUUCUGUGGAGGCCAGUUUAUCAGAGGGUGAGUUUAAAAGCAUGUAGAAUUGUACUUAUCUUAUCUUAUCCUACUACUUCCAGCGAGUUUAGGGUUUCUCUUAAGUCUUUUUAGGGAGUAAGUAAGUAAGUAAACUCUUUAUUCAAAGAGAGUAGCACUAAAUAGCCAAAAGGCUAAUAAACUUGGCACUGGGUAGGCUGCAUUACUCCUAAACCACCUUCAACAAAUUCAUUGCUACAACCCUCUUCAAGAGUAAGCUUAUAAAUACUUACCUUGUUACAGUUUUUCUAGCUUCAGAAACUAUUUCUUAUGUCUACAUUUCUGCAUUACAUUUAGGUAUAAGUCUGAAGUUGUUGUGAAUUGUGUUAUCGGGGAAGUGGGUUGAGUUCCUGUUGUAAGGAUAAAAAAAAUGAACUUCACAAGAUUGUGAAUGGUUAAAUUACCUUCAAAGCAGGAAAAACAUAGAAAAGUUGAAAGUAGUAAAAUGGAAAAACACAGAAAUUGGAAUGGAUAACAUUGACACAGAUGGUAAAUGAUGAAAUUCAAAAAUUCAGGUCGAACAUCUCGAAGAUGCACAGAAAAAACGUAGCUUCGCCAAAAAAAAAAUAGCUUCCUGCUGUUUGAGAAGAGCAUCAACAACGUCGUCUUAAUCGCACAGGCAAACUUCACCCGUGCAAUUAAGAAAAAAAUUGCUGCCAGGAAUAGUUUAUUAUACGUUUUAAUUAAGCCUCGUUUGCAUCAAAAUUGAACCCCUGUUCCUUCCAUCUUGUCUUCAUGUGGAUAUUCCUCUAAUUUCAUUAUGUGAGAGUACUUUUAUAAUAAAAUCCAGCGGUCGGCGCCCGGCAAAGCCUAGGGGUUAAAAAAAAAAAAAAAAACUGUGGCAGUAGUGUAAAUAAUUUUUUCCUAAGUGGCUUUAGAUGAUGUCAUAGAAGGCUGUGCCUUGAUGAGGGACCGUAAGGCGAUACCCAAACACUAGGGCCUACACAGGCUAAACAUGUCUUACGGGCGGCAGUAGACCGCCAGCAACCGGCUUUGAUUGAAACCUCUGGCAUAAAUCCUAUCUUGUAUUAAGCCAUCAACUAAAAAUAUUUGAACGUAGGAUUUUGACUUUGUUCUUUACCAGGCGACUUGCAACUUGUUGACGGAGGAAGCGAUAGCCAGGGACGAAUAGAAAUCUACUUCAACGAGACCUGGUGGAGGCUUUGCAAAUACCAUUUUAAUCACCAAGCUUUCACAUCUGUGUGCCGAACGCUCGGUCUCCCAGAUCCGGAGAGUAGGUUCUAUUACUCUGACUUUGGUACGGGUAACUACUCGUACCUACCUAGAGACUUUCAAUGUGAUAGCGAAGACACACCACUUUUGGACUGCCGCCAUGAAGAGUAUUAUGAUAGUCACUGUAAUGAGGACACAACAGUAGGGGUUUCAUGCGGGGACCUUGUUUAUGCAGGUAAGUCCGACAUCAAAUUGAUAACUGUAUAAAAGUCUAUAAAAGUAAACUCCUUCAUACACAGGAAGUAGGAUGGUCGACUGCAGCGGGCGGUUUAUUUAAGCUCCGUAAUUCCAGGUUCCGUAUCUCUCCCCGACCUGUAGCUUGAGUUGCUCUCUGCCGUCUCGAGGUUAACUGUACGUUCUUAUUUAUUGUUAUUCAAUUGGUUUUCUGCCGGCUAGAAGGGAUACUUUGCUAUUUGUUGUUUUUAUGUGGAGGCUGCGAUGUAUUUUAAUGGAUCAACGGUAACUGCGUUACUUUGAAUUUCCCUUUUCUUUUACAAAGCGUUUCUCUUCAAGUAAUAGGUCACUGGUAACUUGGAAAGCAAACAAUAUAACAAAGAGAAAAAAGAUUUGAAAAUAAUAAUGACAAUAACUAAAAAAAGGUAAUAAGUAAAAUAGAUAAAUAGGUUACUAAAAACACAGACAGGUGUGUCACCAAUGCUUUUAACCUCAUUUUAUUGUUUUACAAAAGAAUCGGUUAUGAGACCUUUUUAAUGGGGAAAUAAAGGUAAAGAGAAAUCUCCCGUAAUAUCCAAACAAUUUAUCAUUCAAAUAUGUUGCUUUAUUCUAUCAAAUAGAAUGCGAUGGUGGUUCGACCAGAACAGAUCUUUCUGGUUCAUUACAUUUCAUGAAGGGUUCAAAGCCGCAGGAGAAGGGAUGUAAAUGGAUAAUUGGGGAUGAAGGUGACCCGAAAGGAGAUCAUGUCAUUAUUAACACAUAUGUACAAAGAGGAGCUGAAUGUGGGUAAGUCAUGUUCAUUUCCCACUUUAUUUCCAAUUUUUUUAUCGUUAACGACGAGCACUUCUUUUCUAUCGACGUUUUUGUUUUCUCGAAAUGAUUUAUCUACUCUACUCGCCGCCUAAAAGCAUGAGCAUCCAAUUUUCACUCUGUCCGUACAACACACGAAGUGAGGUUAACAGCUGAGACUACAAGGAAGGUGGGGGGAGGGGGGGUGUUAGAGGAGGUAAGGUGGCAGGUUGACCGACUCGUAUUACUCCAGGUGAGCGUCACUAAAAUGCAUUGCAUUUUAAUACAAAUCAGAUACACCUAAGAUAAAUUUAUUGCAUUUUAAACGUUUUAAAUUUUUGCAGAUACACCUAAAAGAAAAAUGGAAUUUUGUAUUGAAGGGAUUGUUGAUCUUAACCUCCAGUUCAAUUCGUUUUAUUUUAGUUGAUUUUUUCAUACUAAAGUGCAUGCUAAGGAAACCGAUAUGCCCGGAGAAAAAGAAAACGAGUUUCGCACAUAUCGUUUCGCCCAAUUUCGGAAAACUUUCUAAGGGUUUUUAUAAACGUUUGUAUUGAAGAAAAGAUUGACCUUCAUGAAAUUUUGAAACGAAAAGUUACUGAAACGAACAAGUCAAUUAUAAUUUCACUGUGGUUCAAGGUAAUUCGCGCACGAAAUACUGCAGAGACGUCCGUUUGUCGUAAAAGCAUUACUCGAGAAUUAAAUUAAACGCUUUUGAAAACACUUGCGCGUGGAACAUAUCAUCGUUGCAAAUCUUUUGUACACGGAAGAUAAGUUCCGCACGCCAGCUUAUGAAUACAUGUGAAUACGGUUUCGUGAAUACUAAAACAAAGGAAUCGAGAGUUAAAGAUUGUAUUUCUGACAUAGGUAACGGCAACACAUAAUUGGAAAAGAGAUAGAAACUAGUCAAGUUGGGCGAAUCGAAUUUAUGCCUGGGCGAAACCAUUCUCGUUAUGGGCGAAACGCUUCUUGGGCGAAACUCGUUAUGGGCGAAACCCGCGGAUACCGGCCACCCGGAUCAACUACAUCUGUUUAUUUCUAUAUUGAAGGUUAUGCUUUGAUAAUAUCUUGUAGAACAAAUAAUUUAUUGAACAAAUAGUAAAAUCAUAGUAACAGAUUCCUAACCCUUCCACAGAUGAUGAUGUCAUUUUACAAAAGGGAACAAGGUUAGCUUGAAUGAAGACAUAUCAAAAGAUUUACUACAUGCAUGCUGUUUUAUUUUUCGUUAGAACGUACGUAAACGUCAAGAUGUUUCCAGACCAUUACAUUCCUCAUUCUGAAGUCUGCCGGGAGAGAGCCACCCAAAUAAUUGAAUUUGACGCUUCGAAAGUGGUUGUGGAAAUAGAUCAAUAUGUCGACGAUGUCUCUUUUGACGGAGCUUAUGUCUUUCUUCAAGGCAGUUAUAAAUCCGGUAAGCUUUGUACAGCACAGCUUAACGAAAUGUGUUGCGGCAAAUUUUUCCCUUUGUUUUUCGUUUUCUCACUUACUUGUCACCGUGUACUUUUUUUUUUCUCCUUUUUGCUCUUCGGUAUUUUGUUAAUUACGCUCCUUCUUUACGUGCUGUAAGUAAAUUUAGUUAUAUAGUUCGUUUUCUCCAACCACCAACUCGACUUAUCCUCAGCAUUUGGUAAGCGGCUUCAUUUUCAUCGUUUUCUUUAAUUUCGUUUUGCAGUGGCUUUUAGGUAGUUUGUCCGUGUUAUAACUAUUAUUUUUUCGCUCUUGUAGGAAUUUAAUUUUUUCUAACGUUAUAGUAAAAAUAUUUGCUAAGGCAUCGUGUUGUGUUUUCUUCGAAUUGGCCCUUGCAUGUUCAUUAUUCUUGUAUCCUUUUGUGUUUUCUUCGAAUUGGCCCUUGCCUGUUCAAAAUGUGUAAUUUUAUUCAGUAUUCUACUCUUAAAAGCGACAGUAACUUUUUGGUCAGUUAUCCCAAAUCUUUUUGUUGCAUGAGGAAAACAUUGAUGAAGAAUACCACAAUCCUCAAUGUUAGCACAAAUACAAAAACGUAAAGAAAAAAAAAGAAAAAAGCAAAAUAAAUCAAUUAAUUUUUUGACUGGCUUUCUAAAUUAAUUUUUUUAUAAAAAACAAAACAAAACAUAAACAACAACAACAACAACAACAAAAACAAGCCAAAAAUAGGCAAUAAAAAAUAAAAACGAAGUAAACGAACACUUCAACCAAAAAAGAGCAAAACCAGGCAGGCGAAUGAGAUACAGCGUUGCGAGCUCUUCAACUUCUUGUGGCAUUAACGCUUUAAUCUCAAUUUUUUGUCCACUUCAUUAACCUUUUGUUUUGUCUGGUCAGCUCAACAGGUCAGUGGCUGGGAUGUAAGCGUGAUCAAUAUCACAGAAGACAGUUUUCAAAUCGAGUGGACAGCAUUGACCUCUGAGAUCGUUCAGUCAGUAGAAGUCUAUGUUGUAAUCGUUGCUUCCACAACGCGACAUGACUUAGUAAAUGGAAGGAUUGUGACGUCAUCCACUUCGUCCUUGUGGCUGCACGGUUUGAUUCCUUACCAUGAAUAUCGCAUAUCAGUUGUAGCUGUGGAUGUUUUAGGUCAGCCUCACAAAAGCAGCGAGAUGACGGAAUUCACCGACGAGUCAGGUAAUUGUUAUGAAAUAUAGUUAAAUCGUUCUCGAAGUUGAACGUUUCGCCGAAAGGAAAAAUAUGUUAUUAACCUCGAGUUUGAAAUCAUGUUGUCUCCACCAUAAUUCUCAUCAUCGUGACUCUCAGUGAAUCAAUGAAUCACUCAUCCAUUUCACGUGAUUUUGCUUCAUCUUUUUGGUGUGUUUACAACAAAGCAGCGUUUUUAGGAUGAACGACACUUAUUGUUUGAAAUAAGUAAAUGAUUUUCCUGUGUUCACAAUAAGCCUCCUUUACACUGUUCAUACAAAUCAACCCUAAGAAAAAACAUUCUCCCAAAUCAAAGACGGUCCAGAAUGUGGUUGUACUAAAACAAGUAAACGUUUCUGUAUAAAACAGCUCUUUUUUUUUUGCAGUGCCAAUGUCCGGCCCUCAUAUCCAUGACAGCUAUCCCGAUGAAAUGGGCUGUGUGAAGGUCGACUGGGAUCCCAUUUACGAGCACGAUCGCAGGGGUCAAAUUCUUGGGUAUACCCUCUCGUACAUCGCUACCUGCUUUGAGUAUGACCCUGAGCAUGAUGGACAUGAGGGGAACGUUACAGUAGAUGCUUCCACUUUCAAUGUCUCACUUUGUAAUCUACGUCCUGGAUUGAAGUAUCGCCUUGAACUGGAGGGAUUUACCUCAAAGGGGAAUGGGCCGCCCACUUAUAGAGACACCUACGCAAGUAAGUAACGUUGUCAGUGUUAAGGUCUCUUUUUUAUGUAUAGUUUGGGGGGGGGAAGAGGGGUUGGAGGAUUUUUAGGAAGGAUUACACGGUUUGAGGGAGAACGGAAGGGGGGGGGUUGAUUCGUCACAAAACAGAGUGUAAAGGGGAGACUAUGGAAAAUUGACCGCCAAUAAGGGUGAUCAUUAAAAUACUACACACUUUAGAGGAGGGAGAAGAGAAAAAUUAAUUGCAGUACAAACAAAAUCCUCAAACAACCCUUACCCCACCCCCCUUAGGCGAUAAAAGAUGAUUGGAUGAUUAUUCUUCUGUGGAACUGGAUUUAUUAUCACUUAUCGUUGUUCGUUUAUUAGUGACUAUUACUAGAAUAGAUUUACUUAUAGUGGAUAACCAAUACUCAGCGAUACAACUCGUGAGUACCUUCACUUUUUUUUUCCAUUAAAAACCUCAAAACUAGAAUUCUUUCAGGAAGAGAAAAUCAAUGAAAAGGACCGGAAGUCAUAUUGAACAAAUAAAUAUAAGCGAAACAACAUCAGCAGAAUUUUUGUCGCUAUCUUGAUCGUUUUUGUUAACAAAGUUAUAGCUUUCGUAGUUUAGUUCCUGUGACACAGUUUCCGAGUGAUGAGGCGAGCGCUGCCGCGUGGGCCUGCGGCUGGAUUAAGUCUUCUUUUAGCGCACUGUUCACUGUCUACCCUCCCCCCCCUAUUAUAAAACUAAGUGCGUAGGAACUUGCAUCAAUUUCUUUCAACGUUUCCCUUAAGGCUGUGGUGGAAUGCGCACCCUUACAAAGUUGAACGGCUCAAUAGAAAGUCCUAAUAAGCCUUGUUCAUAUGGAGGAGAGCAGGAUUGUCAUUGGUCUAUUCAGCCCAAUUCAAGUAGUCCAAUUGAAACAAUUUGGAUGUGGUUUGAAGGUGUUAAUCUUGCUUAUGAUGGUCACGGAGACCGACAUUGUGGGUAAGUAUCUAAAACGCGAAGUACCUCCGCUCUACUUUUUAGCAGAAAUUUCACUUAGAUUUCAUGAUUGCUCAACGAAGUGGGUGAUGCAUACUUUGAAUUGGUUUUCUUUUUAGUUUUUAGUCAACCAGCUUUAGAUCCCUUCAAUCAGCCUUCUUCAUUUUUUUUUAUCUCACCGUAAUUCGAAUGCAAAAUUUUGGCAAAAAAAGUGCGUGGGAAUGUUGAUACCUCUUCAUUCUCUCAUUUACUGAAAAUAUUUUUUUUUCACUUGACCAUGACUGUUUAUCGGACGACACUUUGCUAACAAGUUACUGUUACUAAUUCCCUUUAAUUGAUCUGGUUUCUUAGACAGGACGAUGCAGUGGCGUUUUCAACUAAGGACAUUAGCCUUGACGUCUUAGUCUGCCGUCAUGGAGGAAUGGACAAUAAGUUUGCUAUGGCAAGCUUAAGCAGUCACCUUGAUGUUGCCUUCCACACGAGACUUAUGAGAGAGAGUCAAGGGUUUACAGCGUUUUACGAAGCAGUCGACAGCAAAUUCACAGGUGAUACUUCUAACCGCUUUUACAAUUAUUUUCAUCAUCAUCAUUUUUUAUCGUUAAUAUCAUUAUCAUCAUUAGGAAAGUGAGGAAAUCAAGGUUCAUUUUCCUUACUUUUGCCAUGAGUGUCAUGCUCAACCCUUAUACUCCCUAAAAUCAGAAUAAAUGUUCUCCAUACUGUUUUCUCUACAUUUCCUGACCAGAAUUUGUUUAUAAUUACUGAGAGCUUCUUUGGAUGGAUUUUUGCUUUAUUCUCAUGACCUCAUUAUUUGAUUCAGCCAUGAUACUGUGACGAGAAAGUGAGCGCUUGUUAAACUUGGGGAUAGAGAGUUCAUCUCAUGAAAUGGCUUUGACAGGUGCUCCCCUCGACUCGGCUUAGAGCCCAGGAACGUUUUAUUUGUUUGUUUUUAUAAAUUUUAUUUUAGUGGAAGGGGGGGGGACUUUUAAGAAAAACUUCCACAGGGAAGAUCAAACCCACGUCCCAGGUAAGACAGCCAGUCGCCGAAUGGUUGACAACUGAGCCAUAAGAAAUUUGUUGCAGGUAGGGUAUACUUCAACACUAAACAUUACAUGGAAAAAGGUUUGUUUCGAUAUCAACCAUUGACCCGUUCAAUGUUAUAAGAAAUAGUUAAACGCCAACCAUUUUAAUUAGUACGUGCGAUCCCUGAACAACGUCGCACAGGGAUUAGAAAGGCAAUAUGCUCAGAGAGCAAAAUUUCUGGCCAUGGAUGUUAACAAGCUUGUAGGUUUCUUGGGAAACAAGUUCAUGUUUAAAUCACAUGUCCUGCGUUGUUGGGUAAAAGUUAUCAUGUCCAAUAGGCUUAAAUUUAUUCCAGAGCAUAAUUUCCCAAUUUUUCUAUUUUUCGCAUUUAUCAUGUAAUUGCAGCAACCCAACUUCGUUCUUGGAAUGUCACAGUCCAGCAACAUGGCUCAUCUGCGAGAUUAGACUGGUCCAGCUUUCCAUUAAGUGACCCGAUUCAAGACCUGUACAUGGCGUUCAAACAAGCAGAUGAGGAAAUCAUUGUUUUGAUUCCCACGGCAAUAUACAACUCGGGAGACGACAUAGAUUUUUUGCUUAUGCCUGGGCGUCAAUACAUCAUUCAGAUGAUUGCCUUUAUGGGCAGCAUCGGAGACGAUAUUUACUCAAGUGAUAACGUCUCAAUUACCACUGAGGAAGGAGGUAUGUAACAAAAAUAAGGCGUGUUUUAAGAUCUGCAUAAUUUCCAAAGUUUUGUCUUGUUUAGUUUGAAUUUCCCCCAAAAGGGCUGUUCUUCUGCUUGCACAAAAAGAUUGGGCAUUAAGAUGUUUAGCACUGAACUCUAACUAGGAUCUUUUUAUUUUCAUUUGUUUAAAAACUCAAGAUGCUUUGUAACUUACAUGAUUAUUGAGGAGACGUAUCUAUAAUAGAUUACUUCUUUGUUUGGAAGAAGUAAAAGUUUCAAGCUUCAGAAAGCGGAUACGCUCUAACAGUAACUAUCUACCAUGUUAACGUAAAAAUUAUUUUUUUUCAAAUGGUGGAUAAUGCUAUCCAACAAAUAAAUCACCUCCCAGAGAGUAUGUGGUAAACAAACUUAAUGCACUAACCAGUGGAUAGUGUUUUUCACCCUUUGAACAAACAGAACCCGAUGGUUUAUCUUACUUGGAAUUGUGUGGCUGGGUCUAACCUAACCUUUAUUAUCUUGCAAGCUCCCUCCCGAGGGCCCGAGAACGUACACGUGGAACUGUUAAAACACAACAGAAUCCUGGUCAUGUGGGAUGCCAUAUCUAGUGAGGCUGCAAACGGCCAGUUACGCGGUUAUACAGUGUACAUAAAAGACUAUCACAAUCAUGACCCAGAGUCAGCAACCAAGUAUAAUGUUAGUUCCUCGGAAACGCAGAUUGUCAUUGGUCAUUUGGAUGGAGGGAGGAAGUACACCGUCGCUGUUACGGCGUUUACAGUUGAGGAAGGGCCUCAUUCAGAGUGGCAGGAAUUCAUUGUUGGUACGUUUGGAUGAGGGUAUUUUCUUUAAACAGGAUCCAGGGUUUAGGUUCGUGUGGAGUUUCGGAAGAAUAUGUCUUAGAAAUAGAUCUUUAUAAAGUCUACUUUUACAACUCGGGUGCAAUAUAUCUAAUCUUUGUCACUCCUUUCACCUAUGGGACCGAGGCGUCUCGGUCCCGCUGCCGAAAAACGUGGAAAAACAAUCUUUUGAACAAAGUUAUUGGAACAUAGCCAUAACGGCACGCCAAAAGAGAUGAGCAUAAAUAUUGACCUUAUGCAAGGUGGCUUAAAGUGCCCCCACACCUCCGAGCUGAAACUGGAAUGUUUUUCGUACUCGAAAUCAAUUAGCCCUUCAGGGGGGAAGGAAGAGGCGAAGGUCGACAUGAUUUUGCUAUAGUAUCGCUGGUAUUUCAUCCAUUAGUACAGUUACCAGCAUAGGAAGCCAAAUCAAGCUUUGAGCUCCAAUAGUAUAACUGAUGGUUUUAUCCUGUAUUUCUCAGGUUGUGGAGGUAUUUUGGAUGGGUAUUUUGCAUCAUUUAAACUCAAGCAGUGGGACUGGGAAUCACUAGAAUGUUCCUGGAAGUUGAACAACCCUGGUCUUGACAAUCCUGUUCUAGUUAUCUCCGCUUUUCACGUCGAGUUCGAGUCCUGCGGGUAACGUAUCAAUAAAAAACGUGGAUUAAUGUUUUGUUGCCUUAUUUAAAUCACUGAUCAUGAUAUGACCGUUUUGGGUUAUAUCACGAUUUGAGUUAAUGAGAUUACCAUGCAUACUUCUGGUGUCACUUCCUCCUUAUUUUUCUUGUGUAGCGGCUGAGACGGAAAAAUAACAGAUUUCAUCCUACGUUUUGAAGUGCUCCAAAGGAGAUACGUGGCUCAUAGAAUGAUGUACCACUUGUCGAGAAUAAUUCGUUGAAAACUAUAUUGUCUACAUUUGUUUUCAUUUGAUUUGCGGUUGGCUUUGAUGUCAAUAAAAAGAAUAGUCAGUACGAAGAGUUGGAGUGUUUCUAUUUGUAAAAAAAUAUAAUAAUAAUAAUAAUAAUAAUAAUAAUAAUCUUGUAUACUAUGCAUCUUUCUAAUUUUGGCAGAUCCUGGUCUAAGAUUUAUUCUAGUAAUGGCACCGAGUUACACAAUCAUGAUGGUUGUGAUCAUAAUGAUCACAGGGUGUAUGGCGAAAUAGUGGAGGUAUCUUUCGAAGGAUCAGAUUUUCUAACUCUCAAGCUUCGUACAGACCGUCAGGGAAGCUUCGUAAGAUCGGAAUUCGCUAUUUUAGAGGAGGGGAAAUCUCUCAAAUCAGGUAAAGUCCCCUUGCACACGAGUCACAUUUUUAACAAAAUUCGAAUUACAAGCAACCAAAGAACCUAACCUCAAUUGCAACAAAUAUUGCUUUUUAAGACUAAUCGUAUCAAUUAAUCAAUCAAUCGAUCAAUCAGUAAAUCGAUCAAUCGAUCGAUUAGUUGGUCAGUCUAUCAAUCAAUCAAUCAAUCAAUCAAUCAUUCAGUCAGUAAAUCAGUCAGUCAGUCAGUCAGUCAGUCAGUCAGUCAGUCAGUCAAUCAGUCAAUCAAUCAAUCAAUCAAUUAGCAACCAGUAAGCUUUCAAGCCAUUAAUCAUUCACAGCGACAAACAAACCAGCAGAUCAUCAGUGGAUCGAUUGAUCGAUCAAGCAGUACGUCAUUACUAAUUAAUUCGAUACAUUUAAACAUUUUGGCGGUUAGGUAUUGUAUAGGUAUUUUAUACAUGCUAUAAUCUUUUCUUCAAAUAAUAAAGUAACGAAUUGAAUCGUGGUGGAAUCGAAUGCCCUGACCUAAUCUAUAAUAUUUUACAACAAUUCUAGCUCAUCAAUCUCCUGAAUGGGAUAUAACUUCAAACAUCUCAAGCGACGGGGCAGUUCUUGUCGAUCUCUCAGGCCACCCUGAUAACUUAUUUGACACUUUCUUCAUUAUAUCAAUAAACGAGACUCAGAGAGACGAUGGUGACGACGACAAAGACCACCACCACCACCACUACUACCAUCAUCAUGAUGACGACUACAAGCCGAGGGAUUAUCUACACAUGGUGAACUCAUCCGUGACAAUUGCAAAAGUGAUGGGCCUUCCAGCGUUUACCAAUUUCACUGUUUCUGUUUAUCUUGUUGAAGAAAUCACCCAUGAGCUUUACCAAAGUAAAGAGAUCGAAAUCCAAACAGAGGAGGGUGGUGAGUCAUCAUAACCUAAGCAUCCGAAUCGCUCACAAAAUUCACAGAAUUCAUAACAUAGAUGAUAAAUUCAUGACAUCAAGCUCAAUCUCCUGCUUCGUAUUCCUCCCAUUGUGAAUGAAAUCUGAUAAUAUGUGUCAGAUAUUGCUGUGAGGGAAUUAUUUGCGGACAACAGUUCAGCUAAAGCGUUGAAAAUGUUGCACAACAGCAAAUAACACAUAAGUAGCUAUGCGAACAUUUAGAUAUGAAGCAGUUAAGAGCUAGAGUAACUUUCAGAUACCGCAAGCAACUCUUACGCACCCUUUUCGUCUAAAUAAAUGUGCCAUUACGUCUGAAUCAGCUGUUAGCUGCUCGAUCCGAACUGGAGAAAGAAUCGAUAAGCACUACGAUUUCUUUAUUUAACCUUGACUGUAGGGAGGACUUCAGAAGGCAAAUGAAUCACAGAUAAUUUCUUUCUUAGGUCCAAAGCAUAUAUAGACAGCAGUUUUCCUGCUAAAGUUAAUUUCAAGCACCCUUGAUUUGGCGAUAAAAGAGUCAGUUAUUGUUUGUUCGUUUUUUACCUUGAUGUCUCAUUCGUGGUCUUAAUGGAUAUUUCAUUAAUAUUAGUUCCCAGUGAGGGUGCCCGCAUCUACGAUUACUGGAUCAUCGGAGAUGGCUGUGUAAAAAUUAGCUGGCAUCCAAUUUCUGAGGAGCGUAGCAAUGGCGUCAUUCAAGGCUACAACAUUUAUUACGAACUUGCUUGCUACCAUUACCCAGAACACGAUAUCUUCCAUACCGGAAGUUUAAAUAUCACCUCGCCAGAUACCCUGAGUGCCACAAUAUGCGACCUUUACCCAGGAUUGCAAUAUCGUGUACGUAUUGCUGGGUUUACGUCAAAAGGAGCCGGAGAAUAUUCUGAUAGAGAUGAUAUUUACGCUGGUAAGCCGUUUUCGUGUAAAUCAAACGCGAGAUGUAACAUGACUCAGCUCACAAAAACAGAUAACAAACACACAAAAGCAAAAAGUAACAAACGAGCGAACAAUUUAUCAAUGAGUCGAUACAUCCAAAGAUUAAUUGAUCGAUACAUUAAUCAAGCAGUUAAUAGAUUAAUCAAGCGAUGCGUCAUUGAACUCAAAUCUUCAAUGCUCAACCUUCGACUUUUGCCAGAAAAUCAGAGAUCGAAAAUCUAAAAUCCUAACAAGUAAAUUAAUUAAUAAAUUAAGGGCGUAAUUCAUUCGUUAAGGUUGCGGAGACCCAGCGACGCUGACAAACAGUAGCGGCGUGAUAGCGAGUCCUAAUCAGCCAUGCUAUUAUGGAGGAGUACAACAUUGCUAUUGGUCAAUCGCACCAGACACCGAUGAGCCGAUCAAAGUGAUCUGGAUGUUUUUUAAAGAAUUCCGUUUGGAGGAGCACGAGCAUCACUCCAAUUGCAGGUGAGAAUCAAACCACACCAGUUCCGAUUGUUAUUUUUAUAUUCUAAUGAGGUAUUCAACAAUAACUUUACACUUCACAGAUCGAAUGACUGGGUUGGGAUUUCGACGAAAGGAAAUAUCAGUGAUGUAUCAGUUUGUAGACACUUGCAAGAAUUCAUCGUUGUUAUCAUGGACAGUCAUGCAGACAUCAGUUUUCAUACAAGGGACAAGUACAGGCGUGGUGAUGGAUUUUAUGCUCGGUAUAUAGCAUCCCACGAAGACCUGAAUGGUAUGUCUGGAUAUCGAGAAAAAUUUUUUACAUCCACUUCGCCAAGAGGAAGCAUACUAUAUUAUUUUAUGGUAGCCAACCCUCUGAUCUGGUAAUCUUAUCGCGGUUCACUUUCACUUUUUCCUUGGAUAUCUUGUGUGUGUAUGUCUGUGUGCUUUUUUUAAGGGAGGGGGGGAUUGGGGUUGUGGGUUGGUGCUAUUUUUUUAGGGGGGGUUGGGGUUGGGGGUUAGUGGGUUCAAGUUAUUUACUAGCUCAGGGUAAUUGUGUACCAUGACGUACUAGUAUCUCGGACUUGAACCCAGUUGUUAAGAUUUAAUUUUGAGUUCUGAGUAUGCUGAAAAAGAGAUAGAGGCACUUAAAAUGACCGUUACGUUUAAAAUUGCUGACGAGUAUUUCUGAAAGAUCAGACCUUUGAAUGAAGGAUCGUGAGGAACCUAGGCCAUAAUCAUGACCAUGUGUUCUUGAACCAGAUACCUCUCUCACAAUUCCUUCCUUCACCAAGAUGUGUUAAUGGAUAUAAGUAAACUGAAAUUCUGGAGGAAGACUAUCCAUAAGGACAGGAUAUAUUCCUUUUCAGUCGCUUAUUGCAACAGAAAUAACGAAAUAAAUUCAAGUAGCGAGACAGUCUCUUUCGCAAGCAUUAUCUCUUAAUACGGAAUUCGGAUAUAUGAUUUAAGAGCUUUUGUUGUGUCUUAUUCCAGUAACGCAGCUAUCGUGGACUGUAACGGUGACCACAAGUGAAAUCUCAGUUGAUGUGAAGUGGGAUGAUUUUCCUCUUGGUGUGUCAAUCAUACAAUACUAUGUGCGAUUCACGGAUAAAAAAGACAACGUAUCAGUGCUUCUACCAGUGAACGGCCACGACAAGCACUAUAGUGUGGAACGGCUGCUGGUUUCAAGCCACACGUACACCUUUGAUCUUCUUGCGUUCACGGGAGAAGAAAUAGGAAGCUUAAUCUAUGCAAGUGAAAAUGUUACCGUUCAAACGAUUGAAGGAGGUGUGUUUUAAAGAGAAUUAUUAUCAACAGAAGAAUCAAAUAAUGAUGAGGAGAUAAUGAUGAGGAGAGGUGGCACUGGGUGAAUUAACAACUGAAAAGAUACAGUCAUGUCUCACACUACCAAAAAAAAAAUAGAAUAGAAAAGUCCACAAACUACAAAUAUUCUUGAUUUGAGGGUAGGAUUUGGUUCUCUAAUGGGGAGGCAAGGGGGGUGUCGGGUACUUUCCAUGUUACAUGAAUGCAAGGCAAACCAAUCACGAUCGCAAAAAGCAGUUUGCUAUAUACGACUGAGCCUUUAUCGAUUUCAGUUUUCUCUUUUGAUUUAAUUCAGUCCCUAACGGGUCACCCGAAAAUUUACACGUGGAGGAGCUGCAACAGAACAGCAUCCUGGUUCAAUGGAAUCAACUCCCACCACACCAAGCAAAUGGUCAGUUACGUGGGUAUACAGUGUACCUUCGGGACCACUACAAUCAUGAUGAGAGAGAAUAUAAAAGGUUUAACGUUACUUUCCCUGACACCCAUAUUGUUCUUCAUGGCUUGGAUGGAGCCCGAAAGGUAGAUGUGGCAGUGGCUGCGUUCACUAUCGGCUACGGGCCACGAUCAGAUUGGGAAACAAUAAGAGUGGGUAAGUGAUUUGAAGGGGAUUAGGAUGAAAGACAUUGGUAAUGGUGCUGAAUUUAGUGGUAGCAGCAGUUUCAACAGAAGUAGGAGUAAUUCAGUAAUGUUAGUUGCAGUGUCUGUAGCAAUAGUGGUAAUGGUAGAAGUAGUAGUAGUAGUAGUAGUAAUAGUCGUAGUAUUAGAAGAAGUAGAAGUAGAGAUAUAUUAGGGAGGUGCAUUAUGAAUUAGUAACAAAGUAAAAUAUAUUUUAGCUGUUAUCCGUUAAAUGUAGGAUCAUUUACAUUUGCUGAAGUUGGAUACAGCGACUCCACAAAACGCCAACAUAUUUUGCUGAAUUACACGGCAAAAAGAUAGAUGUGCAUCCAUGCAUGCAAUCCUGAUGUACUUACCCGCUAUAGCUAUUAAUUCACAUACAAAGUGUCACGCCUAGUUAUUGACCUAGGUUGUUUUUUCAUCAAUGUACUGACAUUUUUCACCUACUUAUUCAUAUUUAGGUUGCAAGGGAAAUUUUACUAGCUAUAUUGGAGUGUUUAACGUUACACAGUGGAGCUGGGAACAACUCCACUGCGAAUGGCGGAUCAAUAACCCCGGCCUCACAAACCCUGUUCUGUACCUCAGUGCCAUCGACGUGCGGAUACAAUCUUGCGAGUAAGGGAUCAAUCAUCAUUUAUCACCCUAGGGGAGGGAGGAUUUUGUUUACAUCAUCUUAAAAUUUACCUGUGCCCCCCUUGAAGGCUCUGUAGUAUUCUAGCAACCCCCUCCCCCCCUUAUUGGCAGCCAACAUUCUACAGUUCUCCCUUUAUACUCUAUUGGCGAUGACCGUCAUUCCCUCCAUUCUCACUGAAACCAUGUGAUUUCCACCUAAAUCCUCCAACACCCCUCUUCUCCUCUUUGGAGUGCGGUUCUUUGUUACACUCUCAGGCUCAUUUCAGGCUAAUUUCUCAAACAGGACUCAAGCAUGGGAAUUGAGUCGAACGACAAACUUCUGGUGAUUUUUCAAAUGCUUUCAAUUCUUUUUGAUUAAUCAAAAACAGUCUGCCACACAUAACUGCUUAUAUUUUCACAUAAGGUAUUUUCGCAUUAAAUCUUACUAGAGCCUAAACUCACUAUUGUAAUUAUUUAUAUUCGUGUUCUCACCUUUUUCCUCUUUUCCUUCCUUUUUUGGACAUUCUUUCUGCGUAUUUCAUGAAGCUCUCAUGUAAAAGUUACCUUAAGUUACCGUUCUCUAAUUUUAGGGGUUGGACAAAGAUUUACAACAGUGAUGGUUCUGAGAUCUUUAAUCACAGUGGGUGCUCGCAUGUUCUUGGACGCGUAGAACAAAUACCAUUCGGUGGAUCCAAAUUUCUGACCCUCAAGUUUCACACGGAAUACCAAGGGAGCUACGCGAGAUCGCAAUUCGCCCUUUUAGAGCAAGACAAAUAUCUUUAUUCAGGUGAAUUAGCCAUUAAAGACGCUAUUUUCUUGUCACUUAUCCAACUUAUGGUGUUAUUGCUCAUCCAUUUGAAUGUACACUAUUCAAUCCCACCACUCUGGUGAGAAAUUUCAAUUAAGUGGAACAUGACACGAGAAGUGGAAAAUGCUAUUUCUCUGAAAUUCUAGAUUUUAGAUCGUCAUCGUACUUCUUCAGUCAUUCCAAAUGGGCCUGAGACCUACAUAUACAUAUGUGAUACGAAAUGAAGGAAUAGGUUAAGAACAGAGAGCAUAUUACGCAUUACUAAUAAUCAUGGUUCUUUUUAAAGCUCUUCCUUCACCUCAUUGGGAUAUACCCUACAACACUACAGCCAGAGGAGUCCUUAUGGAUCUUAAUGAUUCCCCUGACAGCAUAGACACUAAUUUCUUUAUCAUAACUCUGAAUAUGACAAAGGAAGAAAAUCAAGAGGACCAUCAUGAUUAUAAAAAUGAACUUCAAAAAGGUUACUUUAUGUUCAUGGUCAAUGCUACGGAGGAGUCUGCUGACUUACGUGGGUUGCCAGUUCUGAGCAAUUUCUCCGCCACCGUGUACCUCGUAGACAAGACUAAUGAGAUUUAUAAAAGUCCUCUGUUUCCUGUCCAGACUGAUGAGGGAGGUAAGUACUCUUUUUUCGCAGUAUGGCUUUUUUACGUCCCAAAGUACCAUGAAUACUACUAAAUUCAGGCAUCGAGAGGUACAUGUUUUUAUUUAAUUGGGUAAUACCAAGUGACCAAGAUACCCGCCUAGCAAAAGUGGUACCAGAAAACAUAAAUGGACAUUAAAAAAAUCAUAUCAAGGCUCUGCGGUAUUUUUCUAAGAACCAUGCUACUUCUAACCAAGGAAAUUAUGCAAUCAUAGAAUGCUAAUAAUGCAUGGCUGGUCUUCUUUGCUUAAUUUUUACAAUUUACAUCUUUGUAACGAUUGAUAGUUCCCAGCGAAGGACCUCACAUUGAGUAUUACGAGGUAAUGGCAGACGGGUGCGUGCUGAUCAAGUGGAAUGAAAUAUCCGAAGAGAAUAGAAAUGGCGAAAUUAUUGGUUUCAGAAUUUUUUAUGAAACCAGUUGUUUCUCUGAGGACGACCCAAGAAGACAUUAUGGAAGCCUGGACGUCAACGAUCCAAGUCAACGCUAUGGAAAAGUCUGCAAUCUUCAUCCGGGUUUGCAAUAUCGUAUACAUGUUGCUGGGUUCACUUCGAAAGGAGUCGGGAAAUUUAAUGACAGAGAAGUAUUUACAAGUAAGUAAUGACAGACAAUUAUAGCUCUGGUUAAGGGUGAUUUAAUUUUCUAUUUAGGUCAAUCUAUCAAUCGUUGUUGUUUAUUUUGUGACUUGAUUCUGGAAUUUAUUUUUCUCUCGACGAAAGUUAUACUUGGUCUACAUAAUAUUCAAAGUGAUCGUUCAAAGUUGCUGGCCGUCAAUGGAAGAAAAAAAAGCCGGAUUUACAUGAAAAUACGAAUACCUCUCCGCCCCCAUCGAACCCUAAUCCCCAAAACGCCACCAAUACGUAAUUUAUUGACCUGAAUGUCACUGUUUAGCGAAGGUUAUUUUUUUCUUUCAUAAGGUUGCGGGAAACCACGCAUUCUGACUAAAAUCAACGGGACAAUUGACAGCCCUAAUAAACCUUGUCAAUACGGCGGGAAACAAAAUUGCCUUUGGUCUAUUACACCAAAUGUCAGUGAGCCAGUCAAGAACAUAUGGAUGACGUUUUACGAUUUCCGUCUGGAGGAAUAUGAACAUGACAAAGGAUGCUGGUGAGAAUCUGUCUAUAUUGGAGCGGUUCGUCCAUAAAUUAGGCUACGCUUGCUUCGUGUCAAUAUUGCAGACGAUCAAGACUAUAAAUAUUACAGAUGGUUGCAAUUUGAUAUUCCGUUUAUUUUUGUCCUUUCUUCUUAAUGUUUUUCUUUAUUAUCCUUGUACACUUAGCUCCUUUCCCUCAUUGGUGUUUACCUACUGGUUGGUGCUCUGAACUCCGGGUGGAGAGGUCUGGGUUCUAGACCUGCCUGGGUCAAUGUGUUGUGUUCUUAGGAAAAACACUAGACUCUCGCAGUUCCUUUCUCUACCCAGAGGUUUAAAUGGAUACCGGCUAAUUUUCAGGGAAGCCCGAUGAAAUGCUAAGGGAUAUAACCUUGCAAUAGACUGACAUCCCACACGGUUGGGGGGUGGGAGGUUUGCUUCGUGCCUAGGAAAUCGGGAUAAGCUCUGGGUGCUUGGGCCUAGUGGCUCGACUAGAGGCUUAACGCUUUUUUUUAUUUUUCCUUCAUUGCCUCGGUACCAAUACAAUCUACUAUUUUCCCUCAACGAUCAUUUUAGUGUUCUUCCAUUCUUCCUCAGUCUUUUUUUCUACAAACAACCAAUUGUUGAUUAUUUUGGCUGACCAUCCAUUUAUAACGUUAUCAGUUAAUCAUUUAAAACUUUUCCUUCUUCCUAGGUUGAAUGAUUGGGUUGGUAUUUCAACGGGAGACAGCGGCACACCUUCUUUAGUAUGCAGAUACUUUGAUCACUUCCAUGUUAUCGUGUCCAGUGACCAGGCAGAUGUUAAUUUCGUCGCUCAAGGACGAGAGGAUUAUAGACAUGGUCAUGGUUUUAACGCAUUGUACUACGGACUCUCUGACGAGAUCGAAGGUGUGUGCCCUACGAUUGAUCAGGGGAGGUUUUUUUCAGCCUUUUCAAGAUAUUAAUUCAAAUCAGAAGAACUCAUGCCUAACAUGGUUUGAAGUUACUUUGAAAAAUAUCAAUUUAGUCUGCCCAAGGGAUAAAAUUGCAAUUCUAUUCUCAUUCAUAAAUUUGCCGCAGAAUUCUGACGGCCGUGGAGUACACAACCCUGCUCGUUAGAAGGAAUUUUCUACUCUACUGCCUCCCUUUUGGCGACGUUAUUUGCAGCUAGCGCUUUCGCACCAAGCUGCUCAAUGCCUCGGCCACAAUCUUUUCCCAUACAAUAAUCACGUUAGACAACAAUCCUCAGAGGUAAUUAAUGAAGAUAGAUCACUAUUAACGGGUUGCCUGUACACCAUAAGUUACCUACUCCUCCUCAUUCCCAGGAGUAUAGAAUUUUGUCAAAUACCCUCAGUAUUUUGUUGAAAGUGUCUCCGAAGAAUAAAAUCUAUUCCGCACCAGAAAUUUACACACGGACAUCAGCCGUGCGCUCGGUUAUGAUCAUAUUUAGUAGCAUUAUUUCCAUAUAUCUAUCAUUAUAUCAUUUGUCAUCUUUUUUUUCUAAUUAUCUUUUCCUGCCGAAAUAAAAAGGAUAAAAAGAAAAAAAAAUCAACCAGUUAGAAGCAUACAAAUAGAUUCAACAAACAAACAGACCUAUGCAAAGCAGAACAAAAAGGUAUGGAUUAGUCUUACUGCAAAUGUUUUCUUUCGCCUCAGAGACCUAUCUGGACUCAUGGAGCUUCUCGUCGAGUCUAGAUUCAUCGUCAGCUGAUCUAUCUUGGGGCGACUUUCCCCCGGAUGAGCACGUUCAUCGCCUCUAUGUAAGAUUCACUCAAGAUAAUGUUUCCAUAAUGGUACCUGUUAGUGAACACCAAAAAUUCUACCGCCUGGAGAACAUGCUCUUGCCCAACCGCGACUAUGUCCUUAAUGUCGUCGCUUUCACGGAAGAUAAAAUGUAUUUUAGUCAAAGUGACUUAGUGACAACACCAGAGGGAGGUAAGGAAAUAGAACUGUGAUUGAAUUUUCUUUAAACCAAGUGUUUUGAAAUAUAUUUACCACUGAAAGGAUCGCUUAGGAAUUAUUCCUUUAGGACUAUUUCUUUUCUUUAAAAUUGCUUGGAAAGCGAUCUCUCCAACACAGGGUUGAGAAAAAGUCCGCUUCAGAAAUUUUUUUUUGUUUUGAAGUGUAAGGGCAGAUUUUCUUUGAAUAAUUUCAGUUACUCCAUCUGUUAAUGUUCACUCGUGCAAAGAUUGAAUAGAGAUCUGCCCUAUCAUUUUCCAGUCUAUUUGAGCCGAUACAAACUGUUAAUUUGGUAAAACGUAGCUGUAUAUGGUAGAAUUUACAUCUUCGCAGUCUUUAUUAUCCUACUCAUUAUUGUUAUUUUUGUGAUGUAUUUACACUCACGCACAUGUUCUACGAGCCUUGUGGUUCUUGAUGUAGCACCCUUAAAUAAAGUACUGUUGUUGUUGUCGUUAUAUGGUCAGCAUUGUUUCACGCAUGCGCAAAGUGAAAGUGAUGUUAGAUGAAUUCAUCUCUGAGAAUUCAGUGCAGAACUUCGAUAAAAAUGAUUUUUUUCACCUAUCUUUCAGCUCCAUCGAGAGCACCGGAAAAUGUGCACGUUAAACUCCUGGAUCAUAACGGUGUCGAAGUAACAUGGGAUCCUCUUGAAGCAAAGUAUGCAAAUGGCAAGCUUCUUGGAUACAAGGUCCAUAUCAGGGAAUGGAAAAACCAUUAUGAAUGGGGCCAUGACGACGGGGACAUGGGAGAUGUUAUCAGGGUCAAUUCCACGGAUACCCACCUUGCUCUCGAAGGCUUGGACGGAGGAAGAAAAUAUCAGAUCGCGGUUGCAGCAUUCACGGUUGAUGAUGGACCGAUAUCAGACUGGGAAACAGUACUUAUUGGUAAACAAGAAAUUAAUUCUUCAUUGCAUUGCAUUAGCGAACAAGAAUCAAUGUAUAUAUUUAUGCAUAUUAAUUAAUUUGCGUAUUUUAAUAUGAUUAUAUAUAUACGUAUUUUAUACUGAAAGCAUACAUCCUUCAGAUGCGUUAUGUCUACCAAAAAAAUUCAUCCAAGAAUUAUUCAUUUUUCCAAUCAUUCAAGAAAUAAUUCCCCCAACUACACUUCAUCAGGUAACACGAAUCCUUGUGCAAUUCAGCCAUCCACUAAAUCAUUCUACUUCUUUUGCGAAUCAAUGCUUGCUCUCAUCAAAAUUAAAACGAAAUUCUUAGGCUCGAUCGGCUAUCAACAGCCACCGAUUAUUAAGAGUGCCAAACAGUUUAAACAUUCAAGCUUGCAUGAUUAAACAACGCUUGUUGGGUUCAUGUUAUGGAGAAGUAAGGUGAAUUAUCACCUUUUAUCUUUAAUAGAUUCUUACCCCGACUUUGCGCCUUCCAUUUCUGUCCGUAACUAUACUUUUGCCCAGCAAAUCGAACCCCAUCGCAAUUGUCAAAUUUUGUCCAUAACAUGUGGGAUGAUAAAAAGAAUUCGACUUCCCUUGAUCCUAUCAACAUAAUUAAUAAUGUAUUGCUUUUGUUAGGUUGUGGCGGAACUUUCCAUGGUUACUUUGGAGCAUUUAAUCUUACGCAAUGGAGCUGGGAUGGAAGACUAAACUGUUCGUGGAAGAUUAACAACCCUGGCCUUAUCAACCCCGUGAUGAUCAUAUCUGCACAAUAUGUGGAACUUAAAUCUUGCGAGUAAGUGGCAGGUCGCUUUUUAUCACUUGGGGGGGUAGGGAGGCACGGGGGGGGGGGGCGCACGGGGUACAAGGGAAAGGAAGGAGGAUUUUAAUUGUCACAAUGAAAUCUACUGAUCCCCAUAAGGCUAGUAUAUUCUUACAUUUACCCCCUUAUUGGAAGUUAAUUGGCAGCCAAGUUUCUAUAGUCCUCACUUUAUAUUCUGUUGGAGAUGAUUGAUCCCUCCAUCCGUUCCCCUAAAAACCAUGUUCUCUCCUCCUCCCAAAAUCCUCUACUCUGGGCGAUAAAUAAUGAUUUGGCGUAAAUCUCAUUUAUGUCUACUUCAAUUAUGUUCGUAGUGGUAAUUGUGUAGACUUGUGGAUGGUAUUAAAUAUCAUUUAUGAGAUCAUUCAGAUAAAUUUAUGAGGAUUCCUCUCGGAAACAGAGAGCCAAAUAAACUUUGCCUCUCACCUUACAUUUUUACCUGCAAACUCUUUCAUCUUCUGUGUAACUUUACUAUAAACAGAUCUUCGUCCAAGAUUUUUGGAAGUGAUGGGAAUGAGCUAUGGAGUUAUGAUGGUUGUCAUUAUGAAACGGUAAAAGGUGAUAUAGUGGAGGUUCCUUUUGACGGGUCUGAAUUUUUGACCCUCAAGCUUCAUACAGAACACGAAGGAAGCCAAGUGAUAUCAGAAUUCGUUCUUUUGGAACAAGGAAAAGCUCUGUAUUCAGGUAUAGUUGAGCAUCGUCAGCUGUUCUCAUGCAAAUAAGCACACUUAUCAUAUAUGUUGAAGUGAAUAAUGGUAACAGGACCGAGUGAAGUCCAAUUCUGCCUGUAAUCAUACAAGUGAUUAACAAAGUCGAACGACCCCAAAGGGCAUGAUUAUUAUUACAGACAGAAUUGGACGACACGAAGUCCUUUUACCAAUAAAUCAUAACCGUUACAAUUUCCGUUAAAAAAAGAAUACAUUUAGGACAAAACAUCUCCGGUAGAGACAGUGUCUAAAGUGAAACAUUUUCUUCCGCUGUCCGUUUUCAGGUGUCUAAUUACAGCCAACUGUCCGAUUACACUGUUCCAUUACAACUCUACAAAAUUAUUAGUGAAAAAUAAAGCAGCUAAUUCCCCCAUCACAUUUGAGGAAAUUGUAAUAGCUAUGAUUACAUUGCUAUAUGACUUCCGUGGUAGCUAGCCCUGCACCUUUUAUAGAAAAUUACCUCUUCGGAGGAUCAGUGACUGAUUCCCCUGACAACGAAACGUAAUUGUGUGGAUUUCAUCAUCCUCACUGGGUGAAGGGAGGGUUUAAUAUCGUAUCUUUUUUAAACAAUGUGCUUACAAAAGGAUACUGGAAUUAUGUUUAUAGUUUUCGCGAAAGAAAAGUUGUUUUUUGAUUAAAUCCACGAACACGUGAACUUUGCUACAUUUUGCUCUUGUUGCUUUAGUGCAAUGUAUUAAAUUGGUCGAUCAUUGCUAAAAUUUACCUUAUUUAACUUUCUUUGUUACACCUUAUGAAAAGGUUAAAAUGGAGUCAUUCCUAUUUAUUUAAAACACAUGAAAAGAGGUUCUCUUUAUCUUUAACUGAUCUGGAUAUUCUCUGUUUCUAGCCUAAAGUAUUACAAACCCUUGCCUAAUAGAUCGUUGACUCAAUAUCCUUUCUACCCUGCAGAAAUAAAUAAACAAAUAAAGAUCAAAUUAAUGAGUUUGGUCAUAGGCGGUUUAUAGAAAGGGUAAUGGUUUGGACCUCAUAGCGGAGUAUCUUACUAUAAAAAUCUCAUUUGAUCCAGAUCAAUUGUUUUUUUCAGCUGCCUCUUUCCAGCCUCCAUGGAACGUAACAGCAAGCAACACUGAAGACGGGAGUGUCAUAUUUGACAUGUCUCGUUUCCCCAAAGACAAAGAAGCCUCCUUCUUUAUUAUAUCUCUAAAUAGUACGGAAGAGAAUCCCGGUUGCGGGAAGCAUCACGGGGAUGACGAAAAGCGACCUCCAGUUUAUCUGCACAUGGUAAAUUCGUCGAAUUCCGUGGAGGAGGUGUUUGGUAUUCCGGUAUCGAGCAGCUUUGCGGUUGUUGUUUACCUCGUUGACAAAAAUGACGAAAUUUACAAAAGUGAACAAUUUCUUCUGGAGACGGUGGAAGGUGGUGAGUAUUACCGAUUACUAUUCUUCUCAUUUUUUUUUUCUUUAAGCAUUUUGUGCUUUCAUUUGCUUCGUUUUGAGAGAAAUAGUGACGUGGCGGUUGACAAGCCAGACUGAGGGGUAUAGACCAAGUCAAGCCAUAUUGUUUUGUACUUACACUUUCACACAGGCUCGCAAACACACUUAAAAGGGUGAUGGUAAGAACUUAAAAGCAUCUCUAAGAAAAGAACACGAGGGACCAUAUAGGUGCAAUUAUGAGAAAAUGUUAUUUUGUUUUAGUUCCUAGUGAAGGGCCUGGUCAUGUGGAGUACAAAGUCCUAUCAGCAAGCAGUGCCUUCAUCGAAUGGUCUGAUAUAUCUUCAGAACAUCACAAUGGAAAACUUCUUGGCUACAGUAUUACCUAUUUUCCAGAAUGUUUUAAAGAGGACUCUCAUUCUCAACAUAUUGAACAGUUUACAGUGGAUUUAUCUUUUAGAAGCCAUACUAUCACUGGUCUUCAGCCAGGAACCAAGUAUCGAGUAUACAUUGCUGGAUUUACAGCACGGGGAGUUGGAGAGCACAGGGAUAUGGAGUUUUUUACCCGUGAGCUGCUACCAUAAGUUCUAAUUUUCAAAGUAUUGCUCCCAAAAUGGUGCUUGCAAAGACUUUAGAAAGCUGUUCGGCAUGUUUUGUUUUUGUGUUUUUUUUUGUGUUUUUUUAUUUCUCUGUUUUUCGUGUCUUUCUCAUCGUUAAACAGUAACCCCCUGUCAAUUGUUUGGUUAUGCAAUAGUUACCCUUAGCUACAAAGACACAAUCUUAUAAAUAUGUUUGCGGUUUAACUAAAGUAGCAGUUGACUUAGAUAGCAGUUUAAAGACAACUUACCAAAGGUUCUUUAUUUCAAUGCUCGAUUGUGUUUCUUGAGUGAUUUGAUGGCUAGCUCUAUUAAUUAAUAUCAAUUGUCAUUCAAUCCAUAAGUCUAAAAAGACCUUCCUUCGCCUCUUAGCUUGUGGAGAGCCAAGAGAAUUGACAGAAGUUAAUGGAACAAUUUACAGUCCCAACUACCCCUGUCGCUUCCGAGGGCCUCAAUACUGUCGAUGGACCAUCAAGCCAAGCGGCCCCACCAAAGUUAUACGGAUAACAAUCGAAAACUUCCGUUUGGAUCGUCACGAAUACUGCAGGUAAAUGUUGUCGCGGUCUGUUGGUUGUUGUUGCUUUUCAUUUUUUGUUUGUUUGUUAUGUUGUACACUUGUGUGUUUAGCGCAGACUUUUUUCUGUUUUGUUUGGUAAAUUUGUUUUGGAACUCGAAAUGGCAAAGGGAGACCGCAGCAUACCUAUGUGAAUAAAAAAAGAUAUUUCGAAUCCCCGGACAUGUAAGAUUUAGUUCAUAUCAAAUAUAUAAGGCGUGGCUGACUCGGAGGCAUAACGGUUGGCGCGCUGCACUGCACUGCACAGCGCUAUCAAGUCUAUUUUUCUAAGACCCUAGUUCCACAGCUUUGGUUUCUUAACUGUAAUUUAAAGCAGUUGCAUUGGUUUUGCUUUACUUCAAUCACAGAUUGAUCCGGAAAACUGUCGCCUCUCUCUAAACCAAUCGGACGCAAAACUAAUACCAAUCACGACUGGGUCACCUGCGUUUUCCCGCGCUUUAAGCAGAUUAGUUGUUUUACCUUUGAGUUCUAAUUGGCUCCUAGAGGUAUUUUCCCAUCUCCUGAUUGGCCGUUUUGGUCAUUUUGGUUUUGCUUUUAAUCGAAAAGCGCUUUAUCUAUCUAAUCACAAGAAUAUCGGUAAAAGGAAGGCAGAUGAUAUAUCUAUGCUAUAACGAGAGAACAGAGACGAACGUUAUUGCUGGCGUUUUCCUAUUACUUUUUUUUCUUAUUAGUUUUUUUUUUACAACUAUUAAUCUUUUUUUGUUAUCAUUAUCACACAGCAAGAACGCAUGGCUCAGUGUUACAGCAGGGCGCUACAAUAAUGAUACUUUACUUUGUGGUCAUAUGGAUUACUUUGACCUUAUAAUAUCAAAUGACGAAGCUGAUAUUGGGUUUUAUGCCCGAGAGCAUAACGAGGGCGAUGCUUUUGUUGCGUGGUACAAAGCUCUAGAAUAUGAUAUUGCAGGUAUUGAGUUGUGCGUCAUUUCGGUAAUGAAAUUCAUUUCAAAUGCAAUGUUUACUUUGAAUACCAGUCAACUGAACAAUGACACCAACAUGAACGGCAAUAAGGACAGUAGGAACCAAGGCCCAAUUGUAGAAAGGGCGGAUGAUGCUAUCCAACCGAUAAAUGGCUAUCCAACGGAUAAGGGGUAGAAAAGUUCACUGCGCAUUCUACCAGAUAGAGAUUUAGCCAAUGAACAGCGUUAUCCAACCUUCGAACAACUGGGGCCAGAAAUAUAUAAACAGCCUUAACAAAACAGUAAGCAUUGUCAGCUUCAAACUAUACCUGGUGGAGACGGAUUACUUAUCCGGCAUAUUUUAUCGAAAAAAAGGACACACUUAGAGGAAAAAAAAUAUAUCUAUAAAUAAAUAAAUAUAUCGAUACACAUACAAACGAAAAAAGGAAACCAAUAGAAACUAGCAAACUGACGACAAAAAGCUGUCUUGUAGAAUUGGAUGUUCAGUAAUGAAAUGUUGAGUAAUUUUACCUCUUUUUAUUUAAGAAACUCACGAGCCUUCUUGGUCGCUCAGAGUCGAUAACACUGAACCGACAACGGCUCAAUUAUCGUUUGAUGAUUUCAUACAUCACGAUAAACACGUGGAAAGUUUUUUCGUGAAAGUCACUGAAGCACACAAACGCGUGUCGAUGUUGGUCCCCUUUCCAUCCUAUGAAAGAAAUCCCCGCGUAGAGAACCUCAGCCCCAACCGUAGAUAUUUUAUACAGAUUGUGGCAUUUGCGGAAGCUGGGAUAUACACUAGUGAAAACGUCAGCAUGACGACCGACGAAGGAGGUAAUGUUUCAAACCAUGAUGGACUUUUGAAUAGGGUGGCCUUCUAUCUCAAGAAGGAAAUAACCAAUCGGAGAGAAGAGGAGGGUUUUAGGAUGGGGGAAUGUAGGAGUACAGUGUAAUGUGGAGUGUAAUGCCAAUGUAAUGUGCAGUGUAAUGCCAAUCUGUAGACGUAAAUGCUACACCCCAAGUAUUGCAUCUUUCUCAGGCCAGAGUUAUUUAACACAAUAUGAGUUACACAACGUUAGAUAUUUUGAAAAUACCCCGUGAAAAUCUCGCAAAGAAAUAGUAAACAAGUUAGAAGCGGAUAUGUAUUUGCUUUUCACAAGCUUUCCAACGGAUAACUAAAGUCACUCAGCUAUUUAUUCCUUGACCCAAUCACAGACAAACCUUUUUGAUUACUUUCAGCAAAGUGGAGUCCUUUGGGAGGGAACAGGCUCCGCGGAUAGACAGGGCUCGGGAUCAAACUUUUUCGGUAAAAGCUGUAGGAAACGAGUCCUGGCCUGCAGUCGCUCAAAUUUCCCUAUCAAAAAGUCGUGUCUUUUGUUAUGAAAUAUUGGCUAACGUCUCAAUUAAAUAAUUCAGUGAUUCCUAUGGAAAAUGAAUUUUUCUUUUUCUCCAGCUCCAAGCAUGUCGCCAUCGAACGUACGCGCGGAUAGCCUCACCGAACACAGUAUCAGAGUAAGAUUCGAUCCCAUUCCUCCAAGUCACCGUAACGGUCCUCUCCAGGGAUAUAACUUGUAUUAUAGAAACAAAGAUCACCAUCAUGACCACGAAGGAACGAAUAUCACUAUCGGCGCAUCAGAGAGACAAGUGAUUAUAGAUGGAUUAGAGACUAUGAAAAAGUACGAGAUUUCAAUGACUGCAUUCAAUAACAUGGAAGGACCUCGAUCGGAAGAGAUAGAAGUUAUUCCUGGUAAGGAUUACUGUCGGGCAGUUAGUAGGUUAAACAUUCUUUUUGCUCAAAAUGCAUGUCUCAUUUUGAAGCCCUGUGACUAAAUGUAUAGCUAUACGUGUUCCUUUGACUGUCCCUACCCAACUGUGCGAGUCAUGAAUGUAACUAAAACUUUGAGCACAAGAAAAGGUAUUGACAAAAUUUUUACCACGCGCUAGUGGUUCAUUUGCUUCAACGUGCUUUAGAUAUUUUCACAGGGGCAAUGAAGUUGAUCUGUCAAUAACUGAAAAGCAUCAGAAAGGGGUAUUUAUGACUUGUUGAGCCGAUAAGCUUAUUGCACAGCUUCUCGCACAGGAGGUACAAUUAGUCUAGAUUUAAAAGCCUUAGUGUACGUGGAAAAAAUUACAUUUAAAAAGUGCAUCACGAACGUGUGAAAAGAAGAGUGUGCGAGAUGCAUCCAUGGAACGUUUCAUUAAAACUGCGCUCUACUUUUGACUUAAAAAUAAGCCUGGCAACUUUUAAGAGUUAGAUAGCCACCUGGGAUGAUUGCGUUUUAAAUGAAUCCAAUGUUCAUUUUUAUGGCAUGAUCAUAUAGGUUGUGGUGGAGUCAUCAAUCAAACAGCUGCAAUUAUAAACCUCUAUAAGACGGACUGGGAUACGAAUCGUUGCAAAUGGAGAAUAUACGACAAUGGCGUGAGCAAUGCAGUCCUACUCCUGUCGGUGCAAUACCUACGUUUUCAUUCUUGCGGGUAAUAUGAAAUCUCACCUCUGAAUUCUUUUCCGCCUAAGCACAAUUACAGAAUUUAGGGAAAAAAAGGGGACAGAUCCAUGUAACUGCUUGGCUCUUCGAACAGGGGUUGUGUCUGGGUCAGAGGUAGAACGUAAAUAUGGAUUCUGGGGUCAACCGUAAAUUUCAUUCUUCACUAUUCUCAACCUAGCCUCCUUAACCGGAGGUGUUGUAUGUACUUGGAAGCGUCAGGUGAUGGAAACCAUGGAGGUUUGAAACUGUUUGUUUUCGCGGGUCUGACGCCGUCAAUUUCACCUUAAGACCUUCAGCUACGGAGGGUUUCCCCAACGCCACCAUUUACUUUAUAAACCUCGGCCUUGAUAUUAUUACCAUGAUUAUUCCACGGAAAUAAACGUUUUGCAGUGCCCGGUCAACCCAGGAAACGCAUAUUACAGCUUAAACAAUCUAGUCUCGGAUUGAAUAAUAGUAUUGCAUUUCCUUCUAGAACGCAAGCUGAGAUAAGAUUUUCAUAUUUCCGAUGUCUAUUUGAUCCUCAGUUAUGAAUACGCCAAGGUCUACUCGGAAGAUGGCGUCAUUCUGAAUCAUAGAGAGUGCUCAACAGUUCUUGGAGAAGUACAUGAAAUACCUUUUGGUGGUUUGGACGUUAUACACGCGGAAGUAUUGAUACAAAAUAUGGAAAGCAAGGUUUUCACUGAACUUGUCAUUUUGAAGGGAGGUCUUCAUUCAGGUAUUCAAUAUUUUCUCGCUUCUGGGACACCUAGAUAUGUUAUUUCAAUGAAACAAAACAUGGCAAAGUCACCAUUAAUUCAAGAGCGGUUCAUUGGAAUUGUUUUUGUGUUGUAUGGAGGCUCUGUUUUACUCACAAGUACAAAGAAUAAGAAUUAGUUAGAGUGACCAGCGUCGCAUUUCUCCUCACAUAUCACCCCUGAAUCCCAAAUUAAGUUUACGAGAUUGAAGAAAAUGAUCAACAACUUAAGAAGCCCUUAAGAAAUUUACAGUAAGGCGAAUAUGUAUGCUAAUGUUAGGAUGUAAAGGGUAAGUACCAUAAUAAGUCUGCUUAACAAUUUCCAUAUUGCACAAUAGCUAAACCAACACAGGUGACUUGGAAUAUCAACGGAAAUGAAGGGAACAGUUUUAUUUCAUUGGACUGGAGUGGUUCCCCUGGCAACCUCGACGUUAACUUCUUUGUCAUAUCCCUAAACCAAACGGAGCUUUCCCCAUACGUUAAGGACGACGAUCACUACUAUAACAACGAAAAGAAACUGGUUCGUUUUCUUAAAAUCGUCAACUCAUCUGAGACUUCCAUUAACAUAACGGACCUUCCUAUAGCUGCGAAGUUUAUAGCAACAGUUUACAUCAUAGAUAAAAACUAUAAGAUUUACAAGAGUGAGAAACUUAUGAUCUCGACGGAAGAGGGAGGUAAGUUAUUUUGACAACAUUUUCUGCUUCAAGUUUUUUGUGCUGAUAAGAAAAGUUACUAAUUAUACGUCUUUUUAACUGCUCCCUCUCUCAUGUUGCUGGUACCCUUUAAGAAAACCUUCAUUGCUGGAACAAAUUUCAGUUAAAUUCAAAAGAUCCUGAAAAUUCACAAUCAACGAAAACAUGGGAAAUGUGGAGAAGAAGUUAAAAGACAACCAGCUAUUUCUGAAUUUUAAUGUAUUUGCCACUCCCUUUUGGAUAGCAAAAAGCUCCAUAGUUACCAAUGUUUUCACGGAAUUUAUUGCCACUGUCAGUGUGUAUAGACUCGUUGACUGUUUCUUAAAACUAUAGUAUGACGAACUAAAGUUGUUAUUAUUAUUGUGACCAAAACUACUCUAUAGUCCCCCUUGAUUGAUUCGUCAUCAUUUGAAUUUCUUUAUUAGUCUUUUAUCUUUCUACCCACUGACAUCACCUUUCGUUUUUGUUUUCUGUAAUUUGUCAUGAGGAUUUUCUAGAACUAAAACUAAAACUCAACUUGACAGUUGAGUUUUAUGUCAUAUCCAAUGAAGAGCGAGCUUUUUAAUUUAUCACUUGAAAUCUUCGUACUUUAUUGAAAGUGCCACUUAGGUUUCCUUAUCCUCACGACUGGUCCACCAACUUGGACAGCCACAGCGUUUCGUUCCAACUCAAUUCAAUCGAGAGGAGAUACCGUGGCGGUGAAGUCCUGGGCUAUCGUAUCAUGUACGGUCCCUGCUGUGAUCCAAAGAACUUAGAAACUAUGGACGUGGACGCAGAUACCAGGAGAGUCACGUUAGAAAAUCUAACCGACAGUCUCACGUAUGCCGUUUAUAUUGGUGGAUAUACAAGCAAAGGAAUGGGUGUUAUGGGAUCAUUUGGGGCAACUUGUAAGUUAUGAUCUGGCAAAUGAUGUAACAUUUAUCGUAAAGGAUAAAUACCAAUCAGUUGGGUCCUGGGAAAUUAAACGGAAUUAGAGUAUUUCGUUUGAUUCCCAUCAUAUAUAUUUACGGAAGCAGUACAGACCAAGAUUCAAAGCUCUCUUUGUUUCCUUCUUGCAACUUUUUUUCUCUCCCUUUUUUCUCUUUUCUCCUCUCCCUCUUCCACUUGCUCUUAUGCUUCCAUCUCUCCUCCUCUAAUUGCUCUUUUAUCGACCCUUCCAACUCCUCUCCAUCAUCGCUCUUCUUUUCCCCUUGCUUGUUUCGAAAGUUAAAAAAAAGUAGCGAUGCCAUUAACCAAUAAUGUCUUCGCUAAGCCUAACUUGUUUCUCAAGCCAUCUUAAAAGAAUUUAAAUCAGGUACUUCUAACUAUAUCAUUGAUAUAUUUUUCUGCUUCUCAGUUUGUGGUGAUGAUAUGAAGGCAGAUGCCGGCCGGAUUGUGAGUCCUAACUAUCCUGGUACUCCGUAUAUUGGUCAUGAUCAGUGGGACGAAAACCCGAAAUGUUACUGGAACAUUGCACCCAAGUCUAGCGUGUCGGGAAUAUUCCUCACCGUCAGACAUUUUUUCCUUGGUCGCAGAGAUCAAGGAAACCGAUGCAAGUGCGUUCAUUCACUUAUCUGUAAAGGCUUUACAUAACGCUAAUUUUGGGGGUUUAAGGAGGCUCCACCGCAUUGCAAUCUUAUCCUCUAACAGUUUGUCCCCAUAACGACGAGUUAGCCUCGUCACGCAUAAAAAAAUUGAGCUACGAAGCAACACGUUGGUAGCGAGGCAAAUUUUGGAGCAUUUUUUCUUUCCCGUGAAGAAAUCUGCGAUCACAAUUUGGGAUACAGGUAGUAGCAGGCAGUAAAUAGAAUCUGGGAGGCACGAGUUCGAAUCCCGCCUUGUUUGAUUUUCAAUUUGCAAGUCAAAUGAAAUUCAUUUCAUAAUAAAUUUCUCUUUUGUUUGUUAUUCGCGUCUCCAACGCGUCGCGGUAACAGAACAUUACGUCAAAUGUGUGAGAAAAUUGACCACUCGACAUGCGAAAUCUUCAUUAAAUCUCGCUGCGAACCGGUGCAGCAUAAGUCAGACUCGCUUUCAAGUUGCAAUUGUACCCUGAGUGUAGGACUUGUUAAUAAUUCAAAAAUUGGAUCCAGCCCGUGUCCUUAGCUUUGAACUGCCAUGUGGUGUGACGUAGAUUCCCCUUGUUCCCGUUCCCCCACUCCCCCGAUGAUUAGAAAAAAAUCGUAGUUAUCGUUCUCCUCUAUGUCUGUAGUGGUCAGCUGAGGAUGUACUUUCCUGGCAUAUCAGAAAACGAUGAAAACCAAGCAACUGACCUUUGUGGACAUAUACCAGAAAACCUGACUAUACUGGUAAUAGAUAAAGUUCUCAAUCUUAGAGCAGCGGGGUUUGGAUAUCACCGCUACGAGGAGUAUCGCAACGGUUCCAAAUUUUUGAUCGACUAUGAGGUUGUAAAAGGCGAGAUUACCACUGUGACAGGUAACGUGCAGUUCGUAUCCACUCAAAAUAUUCUUAUGAUGUUUAUAGAAACAAUUUUGUCAGAUUACAAAAGAAACAUACUGUAGCUGUAUUUCAUUCGCUUUGCACAUAGCAUUUUUAUGGUGACCGAAAGGAUUCCCAUUUUCAUCUAAACAGUGGGUUUAAUUUAAAUCGUGUUCGAGAAUCUCGGGUUUAUUUUGUAUUAUCAUUUGAGCUGAUAACGUUAAUUGGCCACCGUAAAGGGUUUCACAGUUGACGUUUGGAGCGUCAAUCCUUUGUCGCUCUGACGUAAGCUUUGAAACUCUUUAAUAAUAUUAAUACUAAAUUACCAUGCUAUACUCUCCCACCAACGCAUCACCACAGUUUCUUUAGAAACUUAACCCCUUUCUUCAAAUUUCGUUCAAGCGUCGAGUUUUCAAUCAAAGCAAAACAAGUUAUCUCAAAGAGUCAAUGAGAACUGGUGGUAAAAUUAGCUAAACUGAAGAAAGUGCGAAAAAACGUAACUGACCCUGUCGCAAUUGCUUUUAGUUUCCCAUCUGUUUGAUUGCAAAGGAGGCGCGAUUUUCUUCUAGACUCAUUACAAAGGGAUGAAAGCAGAACCCAUGCAAUCCCAUAAUCAAUACACUCGAUAUCUGUCAUUUUUGUAACAACUAGGGGAAGUGAUUGAAUCAUGGUCUGGACUUCAAAUGGACGUUGGCGAGACCUUUGUCAUAGUAUCCUGGCCUGAGCCACCAGGCAGCUUUAUCAGCCUUUCUUCUGUAGAUUAUUACCAAGUCUUAGUGGGAGGGUGGUCUGAUAGGAUAUACGUACCGCAGAUCGUUACAGCGGAGGAAAAGACACUGAAAUACGAGUGGCUGUUUCCUUCGAAAAAUUACACCCUGAAAGUUAUAACUGUGCUAAAAGAUGGGAGACGAGGAUGCACGGACUGGAUCAAGUUUAGGACUACGGAAGGAGGUAAAGCAAAUUCGUGUUUGUAGAGAAUCAUUAUUGGUCACGAAAGUCUUCCAUUGUAUGACGAUAAAAUACAGAGCAUACUAGCUUUUCUGCCCAUCAAUUGAUAACAGAAGAGUCUCUAUAUUUUCAAAUGCGCGAGGAUAAUCUUUGCGUUUAUUGUAGAACAGAAGAAAUUUGAAAAAUGUUUUCGGCCAUACCAUAAAUUCAAUUAACCCUUUAUAUUCCAGCAGAGAAAAAGACAGAAUUUCACCUUACAACAUCAGUAUGAAAUCAAACCAGCAAGUGACGAGAGUAAAGAAACAUAUCGCACAGGGGAAUGUUACUUGAUCCAACAUCAAGUUCUCCAAGCUAACAUCCUAGAAAUUUUAUGGUAGACAGUAGGGAGAAUAACUGAUGAGAUUUUGAAAGUGUAGGGGUCAAUCAUGUGAGAGAACAUUUCAACCGCAAAGAUAUAAUAUUUCCUUAAAUAUUAUAAUAACAAGUACUUUGACUCAAUUUUUUCAUAAAGCUGAUAGUAUGCUCAUCCUAUCUAUGUUCAUGGCUAUGUCUUAGUACCUGCAAGCAAUCCGUUCAUCGAUAAAGUUGAAGUCAUUGACUACAGCACAAUAUGGGUCAAGUGGUAUAGGGUGGACGAACGCUAUUCCUACGGCAUCAUACGUGGAUAUCGAGUGCACAUCACUCAGGCCAACAACUAUGAUUGCUCGCAAGGCUUCUAUGAUAGCGUGACCGUUGGCCCGGAGGAAACGGAAACGACGCUUACAGGUUUACCCGCAGGAACUGAAUUCCGCGUGUGGGUGACGGCGUUUACAUCGAUUGGGGAAGGUCACCAGAGACAUGAGCAAUGGGUGAAGACAAGUGAGAUGUCACUCCUUGUUAUUAAAAUGUGAUUUUAUUUGAUAACAGUACUCAACUGUGUUAAUCAGUAGACUUCGGGAGCAUUUACCAGGUCUCUAAUCUCUUUCGUUCGUGUAUUUUCCUUCUCUUUAAUGAUAAAUGUCUCAUAGGGUAAACAAUUUUAUAUGACACUCAUAGUCCCAUAAGUUGUGGGGCAAAUAGUCAUAUGGUUUAACAGUGGUCUCUUCAUGGUCUUUUAAGAUUAAGAGUAAUUAUUUCGUCGUAAUGGCCAUUGGUGUUCAAACAAGAUCCUUUCCGAAGAAAUGCCAAUGGAUUGAUGAGUAUCCUGUCCUAAACAUGAAAAACAAGGAAGGCCUAAGAAAAAGUAAAACCGAAAGGACCCAAGCUUUUUCUAAUUAUUUCUUUUAUUUUCCGUCAUCGUGAGUGACUAAGAAAUGCCCCAGGGAUUUAUAAAAAAGUUGAUGGAAUGAGGUUGAGGGAUAAGGAAUAUAUAGAAAAAGGUUUGUGUUUCCAUUGUAUUUCCAUCACACGAUUGAUUUCUGCACUCUUUUUCAGAAUGCGGGGCUCCACUAUACGAAAGGAAUGGUCUCAUCCGUAGCCGCGAAUUUCCAUCAAGGAUCACAUAUGGUGAUUGCUUAUGGGACAUUCACCCAAAAAACAAAAGCGUUCUUAUACAUUUUGGGCAUCUCAACCUUCCAGAAAGUGAUGGAUGCAGGUAUGAUGAAAUUGUUAUCGUGAUCUAAGUUCAAACUUUCUCCAUGACUUUAUAUGUUAUAGCACCAGAAGAUCAAGUAGACACCAAGUCGCUCUGGUACGGGCCAUAAGAUAAUUUCUUAAUUUUUGAAAAUUAUUGGGGUGUUCGUGAAAUAUCUGAUCUUUAGUCGCAAAGUUUUCUGUGAACUCAUCCCAGACGGUAUAGAAUAUUUUUUUUGCAGAAGAUACAGAGGGGCUCGCAUUCCAAUCAGGAGUCUCACAUGUUCAAAUUCUGUUGAAGUGCUGAAAUUAUUUAGGAAAAUUAAACGCAAUUUGAAUCAACGCAAAUCAGUUCUUGGUUCACUUUUGUUGUUUUAGUUUUAACUACAAAAAUAUUCACCAUAAGAUGCAUUCGAUUUUCUUACAGAGAUUUCUAUGCAGCUGUAGGGGAUAAUAGUGGCGUUGAACCUGAGCUGAUUUGCGGUGCUAGGGAGCCAUUUGACGUUCUUGUGCAGGCAAAGAAAGUGCUCCUUCUCUCCCACGCUGAACGCGAAAUUCAUGGGGACAGAAUAGGAUUUCAACUGCACUACAUGACUCUAAAUCAUUCUGUCUCAGAAGGUAAAGUGAUAAGAACAAAACGAUCUUUCACUUUUUAUAGGAUAUUUUGAGCAGAAAAUCAAUUCUUAAAUGCUACACUUAUGACGUGCUUGUGAGUCUUUACGACAUUUCUAGCAUACUUAGAUAUUAUAGGAAACCUUUACUAUUGUGAAAAACAUUAAAUUUCCUGUUUUAAAACGGUUUUUUUCAACUCGUAGCUGAACUUAAAGCAGGCUGGGUAAUAACAACUUCCAAUGUCGCCUCGUCGACUGCAGAUAUCGCAUGGUCACACUAUUCACCAGGUGCAGGAGAGACACUUGUAUUAUAUGCAAUCGUCUGCACACGAACUUUGCAUGAGGCUGGACCAUCCAUAACAACCGUGGUGAAGGAUAUUGAUAACUCAACUGCAGAGCGCUUGCGGCCUUAUACCGAUUAUACUGCCCAGGUUAUUGCAUUGGUCAAAAGUGAACAUGGCGAGAUGAGUUUUAAAGGAAGUGAGGAAGUAUCCUUCACAACUAAGGAAGGCGGUAAGAUGAAUGCAGUUUGUUUAAAGAAGUUUGGAAUAGAUCAAGCCCUAGAGGGGGAAGGUGGGAAUGAGGUUGAGGCGGGGAUGUAAAUCAUUUCUUUUCAAAUAAGUGAAAGCCAGCCUCACACACCUCACUGCUCACCAAUCGAGAAUUAAUGAUUCUGGGUGCUGUAUUGCGUCAAUCAUUCUUGUUCGAAAAUAAUCUAACCAUCCUGAUGAUCAUUACUUUUCAGAAGUCGUAAUGUAGACCUUACCAGGUCCACCAAAUCGAUCUUUGUUAUUUUUGGCGACAUGAAAAACCGAACCUGGUGUGUCUUAUCAAAAUAUGUUAAUUUUAAUUCAAGUUCCAAGUAAGCCUCCGGGAGACGUCGAAGCAAGUUCUGACGACGGCACGAUAAUCGUCACAUGGAAGCAUAUUCCGAGUGAUCACAUCCAUGGAGUAUUAGUUGGCUACCGCGUCUACUAUCGUUUGUAUGACGGCCACGUGGAUGACCACGAGCUCGACCUCAACCAGUUUUUCUUCAUCGACGUUGAUCAUACUGCCUUUGAAGCAAGCAUUGGGAAUUUGACCAAUUUCGAGACUUAUGAACUGAUGGUUGCUGGCUUCACUGCUGUGGGAGUGGGACCUUUUAGCGAACGUACUCAUAGCAGACCGGGUAAAUGCAGGAAUAGUUUAUACUGUUAUGUUAAAUGAAUAUGAAAGCAAUCUUCGCAAUAAUUAACACUACUUAAGCACUAGUGAAAUUAAGUCCUGAAAAAAAUUCCGGACUGUAAGUGAUUUGAACCCAUGACCUCUGCGAUACGGGUGCAGUGCUCUACCAACCAAGCUGACAAGCCAAUUAGGACCUGUCAUUAUGUUGGAUCGUAAUAAACUCCUGAAGUGAAAAAUAAAUGACUGUGAAUAAGUAAAUGUUUUAGAGCAAUUGUGUGACUCAUGAAGUUCGUUGAAUUACGACAAGAGAGGACUGGACUGAUUAUGAAGCAUUUUCAAUACAAUACAGAGGAGCAGAAAUAUAAAACAAUCUGCCAAAAAAGUUAAAAAACCAAAGUAAUCCUGCAAUUCAUUAAGCAAUUCCUAGCCUAAGACUUAUACACACAAAAAAAAAAUACAAAAAAUGAUUUGUACGUGUUAAAAUACAUAGAUAUCCAAUGAAAACCAUGUUGUACUCCAGCCAGCCGCCACUUAAAAUGCACUGCCAACCGUGCGUGGGAUCUCCUUUGAAAAAUGCAAUGGGACUUGCCAAGAUCUCCUGCCUUUGAAAACAUAUUGAUAUGAUUAAAGUUAAAUUUCGCUGUGAUAGGCAAAUCAACUUGAAUCUAAUUUUACCGCUAGAAACUAUGUGCACAUUUUUGAUGUAAUCGCUUUGGCUUCUCUAGGUUGCCAAACCAGUAUACGCAGCGACAUGCGCGUCAUAUCAUCUCCUGGAUAUCCGAACACCUAUCCCAACGACGCGGAAUGUUUUUGGAUUUUUGAGAAGGAAAUGCCUGUCUUUGAUGUGGUCGUUGUGAUCGAAGAUUUUCACACAGAGGAACCGGAUGGAGGAGCAAAUUGCACGUAUGUUGUUUAAGAUAUUCCAAUUAAUUAUUCAGAUUCUUGCUGAUGGCGUAAGCAAAAAGCCAAGAAAAGCCAAUGGACGCCCAUCCUUCCCUUCAUGACCCUUCCCCUUGCUGGUGCUGAAUUUUGAUUGAAGAAAGAGAAAGUUCUGUGAAUUUUUAUUCAUUGUCUUUCUUUUAGGAAUUGGAUAACAGAUUUUAUUGGAUUAUUUAAUCUUGAGCCAUUACACGUAGCUGCCGGUCCAUUUUGCGGAGUUCAUAACCCUUUUGCCUUGACUGCAAAGAGUUACCAACAUCGCCGGGCUCUGCUUUAUUUCCGCUCAAACAAUGGAUUUGCUUUCAAAGGCUUCACCUCUACCUACUUUGCUAUCACGGAUUCGUCCAAAAUCAGUGAGUACCAAAUACAACAUAGAGUACAUUACCUCAGCAAGCCUUUUCAUCCGGGGUAGCGUGGUUAGGCGAGGUGAUCUUUGUUCGUGUAUUAUACGGGCCCUAACAGACAGCUUUAAAAUGGCCUGGGUUGUUCGCCUGACGCUUAUCGUUCGAACGACUACUUGAUUUCUUGGCCCAAACAUAUUCUUACUUUCGCGUCAUUAGGAUCUUAGGUCAGAUUUUGAAUAUCCGGGAUAAGAAGUUUUGAAAGCAACUUCGAUUAUUUGGCUAGCCGAACUUGCCUGCCAGAGCGCCUGAAAAAAGGACUGUGUUUCCGCUUAGAUUUUCUUGCAAUAUUCUAGUUGCAUUUUGCUACUGGUUAAGUAAAUAAGAACCAAAAUAUAUCAAAAUUAAACAAUAGCAUUUCUUACCUGAUGAUAACUCAAAUUAUUGGGUAAUAUUAAAUUCAUGUGACGCUAAAACCAGUCAAGCAAUGUAAGGAAUACUGAAGGAGCAAAAACAGUAAUCAAUCCACUAUUUGUUACCUUGGACUCAGACUUUAGGCGAGUGAAGGGAAGAAUGACGCGAAAGCUUUUCUUCUUCUUUACAGCUGUUUCUAUUGGCGCCACCGAAAGUGUUGAGGUUAAGAUGACUUGGGAAUCCUCCCAAGAUGUAGACAAAAUUGAAGAGUAUUAUGUGCUUUAUAAAACAGUCAAGGAAAAAGAGAUCUGGAGAUUUCAAAAGACUGUAACUCCUUCAGCUACACUAGUAUUGCUACAACCAUCGACAGAUUACGAAGUAAGAGUAGUUGGGUACACCGAUCGCGGAGAAGUUUACGCGAGUAGGGUAACUCAUUUUACUACUAAAGGUAAGCUUACUGUUUACGACGUGAAGUGCUUUGUUAUCUAAUGAGGAAAUGAGUUUUUCGCUUUUUCGCGCACGUAAGAAAAAGAAAAUUCUGAGGCUUCCACGAGGAAGCGAAUCAAAGGACUUCACAUCUCUCAAUCCGAUGUUCUGGACAGGCGUUAGACAAGGUUUACAUUCACCACAGGUGACCCAAACACUGAACUAAGGAAGGUUGUUGUGUUGUCUAGUCUCACAUAAAAUUUGAUUUGUGAAACUGCCGUAGUAAUACCGAUAUACAGACACUUACUGUAAGUCAUAGGGAAAAAUUCUUCUUGUAUUUAUCGGAAGUAAAUGAUGUUGACAAAAUAUAGAAUUAAAUUGCUGCUUCGUGCCUCUCUACAGAUUUGGAUGAUAAUGGUGAGCCAACUAAACCUCCAGAACCGGGUAAAUUAUCCUAAAAUGUUUAUCUUUUCUCUCUUUUUAUUUUUUCUCUUUUUCCCUUUUCGCAUUUCCUUUCCCUUCACCAUAGAUGAUUUCAAGAUCUCUCUUCAGUUUUCUUUCCAUUCCUUUUAUGUCCUCUUUCUCCGCCUUGCUAAGGUUUCUUUUGUUAUUGAUAGUUGAAUCCAUUAUGGUCUAUCAGCAAACAUGUUUGAUUAUACUUUUCUUAGCCCCAAUCCACCGGAUGUAUCCAUACGGAGUUGACGCUGGAGACUCAAUCAUUACAUUUCCGUCAAGAACUAGGUGCUUUAGAAUUGGCAGAGAGAAAUUUGACACCGGAGGUUUUCCGCUGUAUGACAGAAGGCACAGAAAACUUCACGUGAGUCACUAAACUGAGAGGUCACAAACCUUUAUUACUUUAUUUAAGUGGGAAUUCAAAUAAAUGGCUCUGUCCAUGGGAAACGUUUCGAAAAAUAUGGGAAAAUCUCCAUACGUUUUCCUUUUUUCUAGUUAUAGCAAAAUUGUUAGCAAGUUGCUACUUACUUCCCUUCGUUCCACAAAAACAAUACUCCUUCGAAGGACAGUUGUUGUAGCUUCUAACCCAUAAUUCCAGGCAUUCACAGAUAAGGAUCAAUUAUCCACAUAAGGAACCUACACGGCGUCCAAUCCAUUUUGUGCUAGAAUAACUCAAACUAUUAUUUAUUGAAAUUUCUCACAUGUGUUGUUCUUCUUAUUGAAAUGAAAAUAAUUCUGUCAAUCUGCAUUUAUAGAUAGUCCUACCUCAAUAUAUUGAAAUUUAAAAAUUAAGUGUUUAAGUAACGAUAAAUAAAUAAAGUUCUCCUUGAAAUGGCCACAAAUGUGUUCAAGGACAAGCGAAUUUGCCGUUCAAUCUCAAUAACUCGCGUGUUGGGUUGAAUAGCCUUUAUCGCGUAGUAAGCUGAGGCUACUUCAAGGUUAGGCUUAUUUCCUUCUUCCUUUUUAACACAUUAGAUAUGUCCAAAUGGAGCCAUCCAGUUCGAAAGAGACGGAUUCAAUGAGCAGUCAUACAACUUUGGUCAAAGACCUUGGCUUAGAUAUGUGUCAAUGGUUGCUCCUUAUUGGGCACCGACCAACCUUGAGUCGUUCAUUAGCGGUCCUUCGAAGGUUUUCUAUCAAUUGUAUUACGCGGGACAGGCGGAUUCCAUUGCAAUCUUAGAGAACGCUACUUCUGAUGUCCUCAGUAAAUUCGGUGGGAAACUGCCACAAGGAAAAACAUUCAAUGCAUCUUGGAUGCUCGUAGUUACGUGGAAAGAUAUUCGUCACAAGGUCUUACAUAAUAUCAAUAAGAAUUUGGUGAGUAACACAUGCAAAUCUUUUCUGCCUUAUUGGUUUAAGGGCAGCCACCAAAAGAUGGUAAACAUAAGCCGAUAGUCUGUCAACCUGAGUGUUGCAGCUGGUCCACGCCCAGCCGUCGCCUGGUUACCCAUACGGGACAUUUAUGGUUUUUUUGUGUAUGCGCGCUGGUGGGCAUCCUCGAACGGUGCCACGAGGCCAUGGAUUUGAAACCUCACUAUCUCGCUCAGUUUCUCGAUUUUUUAGUCUUAAUGUUAAGCUAAUAAUGUAAAAUUUUGUGUGAGUUAUCUCAAAGCCUUCGAGGAAUAAAGGUUUCAUAUUGCAAAUGGUUAGUCACCGUUCGCGGCAACACUGAGUAACAACGUUUAUAGUCUUAUGGUUUGUUGAUGUGAAACCAAAAGAUGCUAAAAAUGAUUUUUUAAAAUUGUUUCCCUUUCUUAACCAAACAAUCCAGAUAGAUGGCCGACUGAUUGAUUUGUAGAUUUGUUAAUUCUUUAUCUGAGCAACUAAUUGACUAACGAUCUAUCAAAUGAAUGAUUAAUUGAUCGAUUAAUUGACUAAUACGAUAAAUAUAGCUCUUGAUUCAUUGUGUUUGUUUGUUUGAACUGAUUGACUGAAUAGUUUAUCGAUCUAUUAAUUGCUUGAUUGUAUGAGACAAAUGUCCAAUAAUUGCAGAGAUUUGCCAAAUUGUCCAUAACUUUAAACCAACUUUACCUUAUUCAUAUAUUUCCUUGGUCUUUUUUGUUUCAGCUCAAUACAUUUCAAGCUCUCCUGAUUACUGAUGGCAUAUUCUCUUUUGCCAUGUUUAACUACCCCCAUGACGGAAUACAGUAUUCUGUACCAAUAACACGGUGAGUCGUAAUACCUCUACAUCAGUUAGCCUCGAUCAGUUGGUCGUAAUAAAAGUUAACCGAAAAACUACUCUUUCAAGCGCAAGAAAGGGAAGUUAACCGUGAGCCAACUUUUUAACUGUUAGUGGCUAUCGCCAUCACCCUCCUCUCUGCGUACUCGCUCUUUUCUUUUGAUAAAGGAAUAUUUUCAGCAGACUGAAGUUCUGUAAAACUGAUACUUAACCUUCUUAGUCUGAUCUAAAUAAGGUUAUGUUUCCGUAAUACUUUCUUCCCUUUUUCAUUUUGUUCUUUGCAUAAGUGACGUUAAUUUCUUUGCACUUUUUGUUUCCAGUGAAUACUACGAAUAUUUCGCCGACUAUAAACCAUUGCCUGUUAUUGGCUGGAAUGCCGGUGAUAGAGACAACAAUUACUUUAAUCACCCAAGGUAUGAGAGAUAACCUUUCUUUAAGGGAAAGCGGGACUUUUCCCUGAUCGGUUUUUGUCGCGGUAAGCACAAAGCGCUGGGAAAUGACCUAGAAUUGUUAUUGAGGGUCUCUGAGAUCUCUUUCAUAAAUUGUGGGCCUAUGAUUCCUAUUAGUUUGUAUUCAUGUAUAUUUGCCUUUCUUGCCUUGAAAACGUGUUCAAAGAUCACAAUUCUCGUUAGAAAAGCUAGCCCAGGAAGGCGAAUUUGCACGCACAUAGAAGAAUAAUGAUAGUGCCCGCCGUUUAAAGUCAUUUAAAGUCUAUCUCUGCGAUGCCACCCCAACAUAUUUGACUGAGUUCAAGCGCUCCGCCAGAUAAGUUUGUACUUCGGGUAGGAUUGGGUUCGAAGGGGGGCGAUAUAUGGGCGAGAUUAACAAUAAAGACGAGAAACGAAUUUAAAGCGUGUAGAAGCAAAUUAUUGCAGUCCUUAAUACAACGUGAUGUUGAACCAAAUACUUGUAAAGCUUUUUGUUUGUUUAUUAAUUUCUUUCAUAAAUUUCAAUUUAUUUUAUAAUUGGCGCAAUGGUAUCAGCAAUGGCCAUGAGUUUUGACUUGGUUCUUCGGUAUAGAGGAUAUCCACUAUCAUUGCUCUUACUUCCACUCCAUUCAUUUUCAUUCAUCUUUGUCGCACGUUAGCCUUUAAAUAUCGAACUACUCUGCUUACAAAAGUUGUUGCAAAAUAACUGUCAACUCUCUCUUACUCAACAUAAUAACUUAAAUGCACAGGUCAGGAACUAUUCAAGCUGAAGCUAUCGAUAAUCUUGUUGGAAAUGCUGGGAUACCUGGAAGAUGGAUCUUCCGACUUGAAAAUUCGAAUGGAGAAGAAGACAGCGACUUGAAGUGCUUACGUUGGUAUGCCAAAGAAAGGAGAUAUGUGUUCGCUUAUAGCAGAGAGCCAGAUCCGUGUCCCUGUACCGGAGUGCAAGGCUUCUUCGAUGAUCGAUAUGAAUGGGUCGAGGCGGAUUUCCCCUUCAGCUACUGUUUUUACACAAAAUUCCCCAGACAAGGACGUGGCCGCAAAUGCUGCUACUAUACAACCCUAGAUAAAUUGGCAGCUCUCAUCAUUGGAUUCCCUGGUGGAGGCUCCCUUCACCGAUACCAUAGCCUCACUACGUCACUGAAAGAACAACACGAAGCAAGUGAUCUCUACGGAUUCCGCCACUGCUGUCUAGAGGCUAAGAAUCCAUUUUUGUGUAACAAGUAUUAUGAAUUACGGCCAUCUAAGGGAUGUGAUGGAUAUGAGCCACCUGUGUGGAGUAAGUUUUUGUUACUUUUGUUAUUAUUGUUUAUUAUUAUUGUUGUUAUUGUUAUUGUUAUUAUUGUAUUUCUUUCAUUCCAAUGGAAGUAUUCUCACUUGUUGGAGUAUGGACAACCGCUGUUCCUUGUCCACAUUCUAUUUGCAGCCACUUUGGCAAAUCGAUAUCAAUCAUCUUCACGGCAUUCAAUGAACCACUUAGUAGGUAAACAAAGUAAACAUGAUCUCAUGAGGUAUCACUUUCGGUUUGCUUGUCACAAAGUAAAGGCUAUUUAAGUGAUAUUGCAUUUGCUAUGACUAGCUAACCCUGUUUCACUCUCUACUAUCUAUGUGCCUACAACAGCCCUCCAUAUUCAUAUAUUUUUUUACAUAACUUGUUGAUCAGGGACAAAAGUAACUUGCUAUAAAACAUUCGCAUAAGCCUUAUUAAAAAUCCGUGAGCAAUUUUUCCAAUCAAGUUUCUCGUCUCUCGAGAAAAAUGUUACUUUUAUCAAGUCUCUUAGAUUACUAUUCUCUGACUCUCGAAGUUAUUCGUGUGUUGAUUUUGCUACAGGCUGGUUAUGGGGCGAUCCUCACAUUGUUACUUUAGACGGUCAAAACUACACAUUUAAUGGGCUUGGGGAGUACACUAUGGUGGAGUUACAAGAUGGAUCAUUCCAGUUGCAAGCUCGAACGAAACUUGCUAAAGGAGGAGGAUCAGCAACCAUUUUUGUUGCAGCAGUGGCAAAAGAAAAAGAUACAAGCGCUGUCCAAGUUAAUUUGAAAGAUGAAGGUAAGUUAAAAAAAAAAAAAAAGAUAUCAUGGACGUUUUAUUGUAAUAACAAAGUCAACUACGUUUUAACUUAGAUGCCACAUUAUACGUUCACGAAAAAAAAAAUUCUUUUCUUCUAAGGGAUCGACAUUCAGGAAGCUUUUAUAGGAAAUUGUACCAGUUUAUGGUGAUAAGAUUAAAAGUUCCAUUUGAACUUCUUUAAAAUGUUUACCUUGCGAUUCGUUGCCACCUCUGAUUCAAAUAUGUGUUGUGAAUUAAACUGAAGAAAAUUCCUAUCCUAGCAGAUGAUCGCUUCCGGGACAACAAUGUGAAAACUUUAGUAAGCUAGUAUUAACUGAGGGUCAAACGAUCGAUCUUCCGAAAAUGAUAGAAAAUUCGGGAUUACCUACGGCAGCGAUAAACUAGUAGACUCGCGGGAGAUUCAUUCCUUCAAAUCUUCCUUUUUCUUUAUUCCAGGAGGUUUAGAGGUGUUCGUGGAUGGUGUUGUUUUCCAGAACUACAGUACCUUGACAAACAUCAGUAUAACUCUCGACGGGUCUGUGUCAGUUUCCCGACCAGAGAACAACUCCUUCCUUGUUGCGUUUCCGUCUGGAAUAUCUGUAACAAUCACUGAAGUGCAAGGAUCACUUUCCAUAGUUUUUGCUGCCCCAACCAAUUUCAAAGGUCAAACCAAGGGCCUUCUGGGCACAUGGAACGACAACGUGGUGGACGACUUUCUAAGACCGGAUAACACGACGUUACCAUCUAAUUCUACAGGCAGACAGAUACAUUUUGACUUUGGGUUGAAAUGUAAGUUUUAUAGCCCAUGAUUUUUUAGUCUUCCUUUUCUAUAUUAUAACGAAGAAAGCCUGUACUCCUCCGUUUGCCUUGUUGGACAAAAAGUUACACAUAUGCGAAGGUACGAGGGAGACGUCACUUUUUACUUGCAAAGCCAUUGAGUCACGUCAACUGUAGUCAUGAUAAUUUGCAGGAAAAAAUCUAAACAAAAAAGCGGAGAGCUGGGCAUUUGUACUCUGAUGUUUAUCCUAGGUUUUCUAGACAGUCACGAUACUUAGCUUAUUUAGAUGUCGUAUUCUAUAAACUGCAUUUGACGCUAUAUUACAGGGCAAGUAUCGUCAAACACGAGCCUUUUCACCUAUAAACCUGGGGAAAAUACGAGCUCUUUCGUCAAUGAAUCAUUUGUUCCAAUUUUUCUGGAUGAGCCCAUACCAUUUGCAAGUGACGAACUGAAACAGCAAGCCGAGGCUGUAUGUGGCGGGGAUGCCAACUGUUUGUUUGAUAUAGCGUCUACCGGAGACGUUGCCGUAGGAGCUAGCACCAAGCAAGUUGCAGUGCAGUUGGAAAGUGAAUCUCAAGACUUACGUAAGUAAACAAAGCUACAUUAAUACCUAGCCAUUUAUAAACGUUGUGGACGUUAGUCAAGCGGAGCGCCCUCAGGAAAUUGCCAUGAAUCUCGUUCAGGGGUUCGGUUUUAAAUAAAAAGCCAGUCAUCGUGUUUUCACAAAAGCCUCUUUUCCUCUUGUACAUUUAUGAAAAGGUGAAGCAUUCAUGAAAACAGCGCAGUUUUGGAAGAAUAGGCGAUCGAAAAUAGGUUUUAGCUGUCUGUAGACGUAAUUACAAUAAUGAUUAGGCACCUUGAUACAAAAAAUUUUAUCUAAUUGCUUUGUUUUGGUGUAAACUUCGUCCAAAGUCGCCUUUGAUUAAUCAUCAUGAUUCGUUUUCUUUCAGUCUAUUAAACAAUUACAUUAUAAACUCAAGAUUUCUAUCGUACCAUAGAUGAUGAGGGUAAAGCACCAUUUUUUGCCAGGAAACUUACAAAUUUAUACUAGUAAAUGAUUUUUUUCUUUCAUCCUUUAGAAAAUUUCCCGCCAAAAAUUUUUGUAGGGCCAACUGAGCUUAACAUAACAGUCAACACUACAGCAAAUGUGACGAUUGUCGCACAGGAUCCCAACAAUGACACGAUGACUUUCUCUGUUAGUGGGACUCUUCCAAAGGGGCAUACAACAUCAACCACCGAUUCCUCAAUGUCACUUGUAUGGGAAGUGACCACUGAUAAGGUACCUUGUUUGAAUUUGCCAGAAAACGUUUUGUGCUAUGAUAUGUGGUCGUGUGACUUAGUGUUGUGACUUAAGAAUGAGUACUGAUAGAACUUGGGACGAAGGUAGAAGCGAAGAGAAGGAGAAGGUAAACACAGAAAUAAGGGCGUAGGUUGAAGUGAAUAGAGAAAAGCAGGACGAAAGGGAAGUAGCAGGUUGAGUGAAAUGAGUAUUAACUGAUAAGCAGGAGGAAAGAGAGGAAGAUACAAUGAUAAAGUAGCAACAAUAGGCCUAUCCUUGGUUCCUAAUUUAUCGCCUUCCACUCAUUAUUAGACCUGGCAACAUAUCAUGUGAGUAUAAUAUAUUGCCUCGUUUGAAAAUAUAUCACUCCUUCUGGCAGAUUGACAUACAAUUCAUAGUGGCCGAUGCAACAACAAGUACAGUUUUACAACCAGCUAUUAACGUCUGCGCAUGCCAAAACCAAGGGGUUUGCACACCCGUGGAGGAAGACGAUGCCGAAAAUAGUGCUGACAGCAGUGAGAACAAAUUUAGUAUUUUGUCAUGCACUUGUCAGAAUGGAUAUACCGGAACUUUCUGUGAUGCAGACCUCGAUGCUUGCGAAGAAAAUUUCCAGCCUUGUUACCCGGGUGUGACUUGUAACGAUCUACCAGCGCCUGCAAAUGAAACUGGAUUCAAGUGUGAUCCCUGCCCAAACGGGUAUUCUGGUGAUGGAAUAGAAUGUUCAGGUAACGGUUGCUCUUUGUUUAAAAAUAAAUUCCGUAUUUCUACAGGCAAAAUUAGUUAGAAAAUAAGAAAAGUUAGAAAAUGCUUAAUCUUAGAAAGGGGAUGACAAGUAUCAGUAAUGUGACUGAUUGUAGUCCAAUUAGGUCUCUAACCAUGUGAGUAUAAUAACAGACAGAAUUGGACUACACGAAGUCUUGUUACCAAACUAACUAGCUACCGGUGACACGUUUUCAUGAAAAACAACAGUUAACACAGCAAGAUGUGUGACAACAGCGUGCGCACGUGACGUGUGCUGUCCAACUACAAAGCCAUGACGUGUACACUGUCCAAUUAGUGCUCAACUUCGGCUGGUGAUAACCAACCACGUUCAAGAAUUUUCCUAUAGUUCUAAUUAAGUAUGAAAUAUAUCUCUGCCUCUAACCCCUCCUUUGUAUUUUUAGACGUGGACGAAUGUGCUAAGAAGACUGAUGGCUGCAGUGACACCUGUAUCAACACUCCUGGAUCAUUUGUGUGCGAGUGCAAAGCGGGAUACUCUCUCGGAAUAGAUGAGAAGACAUGCGCAGGUAAUCUAAAAGAAAAUGAUAAGAGGCUUUGUUUUCUUAUCUUAGAAAAAAGCUCUUCUGAUUAUAUUCUUCGUGUUUGAAGAGCCUGAACCAUUUUCGAUUUUAAUCGAAGUCAAUUCUUAUCUCGAUCUAAGGGGUUGGCGAGGAUAUUGACUAUUUUUCACCCUUGUUAUCCUAAAUUAGGUUUUUUUAGUGUUGCUGUGGCAUUACUCGUGUAUAGUCCAUUGGUAUUCAACUUCGGUGUUUCGACAUUACACCAAUUUUUUUAAAUUUUUUAGGGUUUGGGGCCAGUUUUCUGUUCGUAUUUGCCAACAAUCAUUGUUUUAUGCCGGUUAUAUCUUUAUCUUUAGAUAAUGAUGAGUGUUCUCCAGUCGGUGAUUGCAUGCACAUUUGUGAAAACACCCUGGGAAGUUAUAACUGCAAAUGCAAUGCAGACUUCAAGGUGGACCCGGAUGAUUCAAAGAAAUGCAUACGUAAGUAAUUCAGUGUCACUUUCCUGAUAAAUUCUGUUGUAUUUCCUGUGAAGAUGUUUGAUUAUGAGAUAUGCUGGCUCUUUUACAAUUCUAUUAGCAUCCAUUUCAUCUCUAAGUUGCUGCAACCUUAUUUUUUUUUAUACUAAACGCAUAUCUUUGUGCAGUUGUGCUCUUAAAGUAAAAUCCAAGCGCAGUCUUCGUACAGUCUUCACUCUUGUUUUACAUGCAAAUUCCACAUGCAUGUGAAUUUUUUUCGCGAAAGGCAUGUGGAUGUAUUUCAAACCCCUCUGGAAAAUGGUAUUUCUUUCAAAUAUCAUUUUUAAUACUUCUUGACGCCCACAAUAUAGAAAAACCUGCUUCAAACUUUCGAAAACUCCUCUGAAACUACUUUGCAUAAGUAACGUUUUUGUCUGUGCGUUAGUGAUAAUUAUUUUAUUGAAAUCAUUACUGCUUUAAAAAGGGUUAUACUAACACUUAGCAAUCAUGACACAGCUUUGAAUCCUUGUGAAGGAGAUCACGGCUGCCAACAUGUCUGCUUCCAGUCCAACGGCCAAGACAAGUGUUCAUGCAAUGCAGGGUACGAGUUGAAUGGAGAUGGAAAAACCUGCUCAGGUGUGUCAUGAAUACCCGAGCUUUAUACCGUGUUGAUGAAUAGAAGUCGAUAAUUUUUCUGUUGAUUUUAACUUAUUUGUUAGGUAUUUUUGAGUCUCUGUUGUUAAGACCAUACCACACAAACACACACACACGCAUUAUACCACCAUAGAAAACCAGAUUAAAACAAUGUAAAACUCCUGCAGCCAGCCAUCUCUUGACCAUCAGUCUUCUCUCGCUCUUCCUUCUUUCCCUCGUUUUUUAUUUUCUUCUUUUACUGAUGAGGUUGAGAAAUCUUACGAAAUUACCUUUGAAAAGAACACUUUUGAUCACACAUAGAUGUAAAAUAAUAUUAAUAUUAAUAAUAAAAAAACACCGCAUCCAUGCGUGCAUCUUAACAAUAAAUCCUAAAUGGCUUUCUUAAAAAAAAUUGGUGCUGUACCAGGAGUGGAUAUCACUCCGAGAGGGAUGGUGUAAGGGAAUUUUUCCAAUUCUUUUUUUCUUUCUUCAGUCCUUUUUAAACUUGUAUUAACUACAUUGGGAUUUAUCUGCCACCGUAGCAAAGUGACUUAGAUGCAUUGCUUUUUUAUACCCGUUUUUUGUGUUUUCUAGAUGUGGAUGAGUGCUCUUCAAGCGACAACAAUCGGUGUAGUCAGUCUUGUAAAAACACAGUAGGGAGCUAUGAAUGCUCCUGUGUGGCUGGGUUUAAACUUGACAGCGAUGGUUACGCUUGCAAUGGUAACAGCUAAAGUUUUUUAAUUAAUUAUCUCUCAAGAACGAUCCGUGUAACAAAUUUUGGAUAUAAUGAUCUAUUUAAGAAGUAGGAAAAUUUUUAUUACUAUUUGAGAUAUUUCGUCUGGUAGAAUGAAGUUUUCGUCAUAAUGGCAAACUGUGUCGCCUUUAAUUCUUUUUAUUUCUACCUCAGAUAUCGACGAAUGUAUGGAGUUUACGUUUAAUUGCGAUCCCUCGCAGAAGUGUGAAAACACGCCUGGUUCCUACAAGUGCGUCUGUGAUGAAGGACUUUAUUGGAUAGAUAACAUGUGCAAAGGUGACUUAUUGCCCAAUUAAUUAUUUGCCUAUUUGCCCUAAUGAAAUUCCUGAACUACUUGCUAGUAGACGUAUCGAACCUUUAAUUUCGGUCAUUACUGCUGAAACUAAUUAUAGGUGCAAGUGGUUGUCCGUGAGUUAGUUAGUAUGCUCAGCAAGUUGCUAGAACUUUAACAGAUGAAAACAAGUGAGCGAAUCUGCUUAAUUCUGCUUAAUAAUUCCUAGAGCAAAAUCAUGGGAUACGACCAUGUGAUAAGUAAGGCUUUUUAUCUCGUGAUAGGGAUGGCUUGUGGGCUUUUUUCAGACUGCGAAAUCUGCCGAUUGUAAUCAAGGGUGGAUUCCUUUUAAUUUGUAUGUUUGAUAUCUAUUUUUCAAAGUCUCGAUCAAAUACUCAUAAGUUCGUGAAUACUUGAGCGCGAAAAUAUACCAAUAUACCAGUAAGAGAUACGUAAUUUCACGCACAUUUUCUUCUUCAACUUUUGUACUGUGUUACGAUAGUAGGUGAAUCUGUUUUGAGGUUGAUAGCAUUUCUUCAUCCUCUCUACACCUGCAGGGCUAGAAAAGGGCGAGGCUCCUCCUCCACCCCCUCCCGCCUCAACCCCAAGGGCACCAUCAGAUGAGGAGAAGAGUGAAUCGGUCAACGUAGAGGUGGCCUUCAAUAUCUCGAUGGUGAGAAACAGAGAAUACUUGCAUGUGAUAAACUGCACUGGCUGCCUAUAGUCCCUCUCGCUACAUUGUAGCAUGAUGGCAGUGAAUUUGCGUCUUCGACUGUUUUUUUGCCAUUCUGAAAAUUUGGACAUGUGAACCGUCAGUAUGGCAGAUUAUCCUUUAAGAAAGGAGAAAUUUUCAAUAACCACAACUGAUAUACUGAAUAAUUCUUUUUAUUAGUGGAACGUUGAAGUUGAAGAGAAGUUCAAAACUACCCUAGCAGAAGCAGCUACCAAACAUUGCGCGACAAAGGACGAUUGUACAGAUAAGAAAACGAGGUAGAGAUUUAAUCUGUCUAUCUACAAUAUAGCCGAUCGAUUGACAUACUGACCGUGUAUUGUCUACCAGGUCAAUAUUUUGGGCAAAUUAAUCACGGUGCACUAAACGACUAAAUAACUAACUGACUGACUGACUGACCGACGAACCGACCAACUGACCAAAUGACAGACCGACUGACCGACCCACCGACUGAGCGACUGAGCGGCUGACCGACAAGCUGAUUGGCGGACUGACGGAUUGACUGACCCACCGACUCACCGACCGGCUGACUCACCGACUAAAUGACCGACUACCUGACCAACUGAAAGACCGACAGACUGAUCCACCGACUGACUGACCGACUGAACUGACCAACCGACCAACUGACCGACUGACCGACUGACAGACUUGCCAAUCGCCUGACUGAUGGACCGUCUGACUGACAGACAGACUGACUGACGGAAUAUUUAUCGUAUAAAACUCAGAUCAGCCGACUGCCUAUCACUGCGAACUAUUGGCUGCUUAACAGACUACAAGUUUGACAUAGGUAGAGAUCGGAAGGCUUAUAAAUCGUAGCUGACUGACUGACUAUCGAACCAAUAGCUCUGCAUUAACGAAAGACUUAAGAGCAAGGUCAUUUCUUUGGCCCAGGGCGUCAACGCUUUAGUUGUAUACAGGGCAUCCGUCAUAUAGCAACACCGGCGUCUGAAGGUUUUCGAUCCAAAAACUUUAUUCAAACAUCAUCAUAUUUCAGAUCGAGGAAGAAACAAUUAUACUAAUCCACCCAUGCACGUCUAUUGCAUCUUUUUUUUCAGCUCAAGGCGCAGGAGGGCAGCGGGCUACGUCAGAUUUACGGAAAACCAAGUUCAUCUUCUGCCCGGUUACCCAAAGCAAAUAUCUGUAGUACCUCUCCUAGCAAGCCUUGCAUUUUAUGUACAAUUUCCUCCUGGAUCGUCAGUCCCCGUCAUAAAGAAAGACGUCCUGGCCAACAUCGUUCAAGGGUCACUGGUUGAACUCUCGAGCUCCAUAAAUGCCAAUAUAUCGAGCGUACAAAUCCUUUUUGCCGAUACAACGACGGUAACGACUCCUGUGACCGCAGCGAUCCCGACAGAAAAAGACAGAUCCAAAAUGCAUGCCAUCAUUGGUGGAUGUGUUGCUGUUGCUUUGCUCCUCAUUCUUGUCAUCAUUGCCACCAUUUGGUACUGUAAGAAAAGAAAGAAGAACGGGUAUGUCAAUACAUAUCUUGUUUGACGCGAUCUUAUGGUAGUAGAGGGUAAUUUAGAGGAAGUUAAUAAAUAGGGCAAAAAACUGCUGUGCUAACUUCCGCUUACUGUGCUCAAUGUUCUCAUAUACUCUACCAACAUUUCUCCAUCUAUUGGCGAAAUUUUUAAAGAAGACUACUGGUGAAGAAGUCUACUAGUAAGACUAAGAAUAGUAAUAAAUGAAAAAUCCGUAACAAAGAUAGUUGAAGCAUGGCCAUAAAACGAGAUCGCAAUCUCCGAGAGUAAUUUGCCAAUUUUGUCCCCAAUUCCUCUAUAUCGACCCCUUCCUACCCUGGACAGAAAUGAGCCAUAGUUUUUGUGGUCAAACACCGUGCAGGUGAGGAGGUAGGGAAGGGGGAUUAUUGUAUUGAGGAGCAGCACAUUUAAAGUUUAUUUUCCAAGAAACAUUUAAUAUGGAGGAGCAGCACAUUUAAAGUUUAUUUUCCAAUGAAACAUUUAAUAUGGAUGUUUUUACACCAUGUCUCAUGUUUACAAUUAAUUUAUCACGUCAUGUGUUAUCUUCGCCAUCUAUGACGUGGCAAAUGUGUGUCACGGGAACUAUAUCAUUACAAGUGUGUGGGUUCUUUAAAUCUGACCAGCCCACUGAAGAUAAGAUAGAAAUUAUGAAAGAAAAAAUUGGCAAAAGUGAAUUCGUAUUCGGGCUGAGUCCCAGAGGUAUUUGUUUCAAGUACUUUUUUUUUUUUUUUUUCACUAAUGAUAACGUUAGGUAAAGUAAAACUGAAUUGUUUAUUGCUUUAAAUGCUUCAGCUCGACACACCCUUAAAUAUGUGUGGCCACUUUUUUUUUUUUUGCUCAUAGACACUAACUCUGCUUUUUUUUUCUCAUUUUAGAAUUGCAAAACAACGAGUCGACAGUGAGCACUCAAUUUCCCGAAAAAUCUCAGGGAUGGAGAUGGCGGCUGUUAAUGAUGCGUAUAUGAUGAGUCCAGGUUCUCUUCCACCAGGGUCAGUGGAACCACAAUAUGAAGAACUGGAACGACCCGAAAAGGAAUAUCCUAUGUACAAUAAUACAGAGUAAUUUGAUGAACAUUCGAAUGAAGAACAUAUACUUAAUGAACGAAAAUGUUUGCCCAAUGCUCUAGUAAGUAUAUGUUUUGAAUGAUGUACCUAACACUAUGCAGAAAGAGAGCCUCUCUUUCCUCUGCACUUUGUUAAACUUGUCAUCACUGAGAGAAGAUAAACUCUGGCCUUCCGCAAUCA